CCGCCAACAUUUCUCCAAUGAAAAUAAGGCUGCCCUAUUCAACAAUAUACUUCCACUCAUCUGACUGGGUUGCCCACUGUGGGUGGCUUCCAACAUACAUAAAAACACAAUAAACCAUUUUUAAAAACUUUGCUGUACAGGUCUGCCCUCAGAUGUCUUUUAAAGGUUGUAUAGUUACUUAUCUCCUUGGCUCAGGGGUCACUGCAUACCCCCCCCCAAUUCUGGGGUCAAAUCAGAAACUGUGAUGGCUUCUGUAAAUCCAGGGCUGUGCCUGGAAAAUUGGGACACUUGGAGGGUCUAAGUUAUUUGGAUCAUGGAUUAUGCUGUUUUCAAGUCGCAUUUUAAUCAAUGUUUUAUAUUUGCUGUUAGCUGCCCUGAGCCCGGUUUUUAAACCAGGAAGGGUGGGUAUAAAUCAAAAAUUAUUAUUAUUAUUAUUAUUAUUAUCAUCCAGCAGUAAUAUCAUUUUCUCUUAACUAUUAAGUAAUUUUAAUGCUUUGUUAAAGUCAGAAUUGGAAAAUGGACACGACUGCCAACCUAUACCGGGAUGAGUUGGGUUUAUAUAUCUGCUCAGUGCUGAAGAGCACAGGAUGACCUUGGACAAAUUAUUUGUUUAACAUUUCUCAGUUAUUGAGGAUAAAAUGCGACAUCCCAUAUGCAUUCACUUGUGUUUGCUAGGAGGGAAGAAUUUAUCCACACAUGGGAUCCCAUUAUGAUCCUAUCAGCUGCACUGGGUUCUUUGCUCCCUCAUCGUCUAGCAGCAGCCAUUUGAUUGUCUGUGCUGGAAGAUCAGUUCCCAGCAGACUCCUCUGGUCCCUGGACUAUGUAAACCACUCUGGGGGCCUCUUUGAUUACGGAGCAGAGUUAAAAUCCUGUAAAUAUGUAAUACAGUGGUACCUCGGGUUACAUACGCUUCAGGUUAGACUCCGCUAACCCAGAAAUAGUGCUUUAGGUUAAGAACUUUGCUUCAGGAUGAAAACAGAAAUCAUGCUCCGGCGGCAGUGGAAGGCCCCAUUAGCUAAAGUGGUGCUUCAGGUUAAUAACAAUUUCAGGUUAAGUAUGGACCUCCGGAACGAAUUAAGUACUUAACCCAAGGUACCACUGUACACAGAAAUUUGUUUUUCUUAACUGUGGAUUAUCAACAAAUUGCAUUACUUCUCUAUGAGAGAAGUAACCCUUACUUGCUCCUGUAUUUUGAAUGUAUACUGUACUCUGUUUACUUUUUACUACUUAGAAAAGCUGCCUUCCCCUGUAUAUGCAGCAGUGACUGGUGCUUGCUCAAACAAUUUCUAAUCAUCUCCUGAAACAUGAAUUCUCCAUUAAAAGUACCAACAGGCGCAAUGUUAUCACCAACUAUGAUUUUUCUAUAGGCCAACAUUAGAUGCUUAAUAGCCUGUAGUCUGCCUUAUGAACUUUGCUUUCAUAGACUUGAAUCGGAUAAGGCAGCCUAGCUGCUGAAGUUGAUUAAAGUCAUGUUCAAAUACAGUACCUAUGUCCAAAAUGUAAGCAAUAUAACUUGAAACGGAUUUCUCUUGUCGUAAGCAAAUUUAUGUAAGCAUUGACAUGAAAUUCUUUAGAUUAGUAGCUUUAAGCCUUUUCAGACCUGCCAUAAAUGCCCAGGGAGGCCUCUUUCUUAUCCCCCCCCCCGAUAUUUAAGAGAGGUGCUGCUGCAGCCCAGCUUAGAUGGGGCUAUAGCCCAGUGGCUGACCGCAGCCCUCCAGUUGAAGAGAGGGCUUCAGACGAGAGCAGACGUAAGAGAAAAGCAAGAGUCGCAUUCUGUGCAGAGAACUGUCGAGUUGGAAGGGAUCCCAACGGUCAUCUAGUGAUUCUAGUCCAACUCACUGGGAGUCUUGAGCGCAACCCUGACAACAUUUCUGGAGCAAGCCUGCAGAGGCCAGGGCGGGAAGCGGGCCGUUUUCUGAAGAGAGCCCUUUCUGUCAGUUCGGGGGGGGGGGUGUCUGUCGAGUUGCUGCAAAUGGACAACAACCAAAACCACCCAGUCAGUUAUCGAAAGAGUUGCGUUUGUGUGAGAGACAGACGGACGAGGAAGGCUGGACAACAUUCCCGAGCAGUCCGUCCGACCGAGGACGUCGAGGUGCCCCCCCCGCCUUCGCAGCCCCUCCCAUUGCCAAAAGCUGAGCAGGAACCCCGCCCCCUCUUUCCGUUCCGCCGCCUUCCCAGCAUCCUCGCCUUCCGCCCUCCCCCGUUUUCUCUAGGCCUCCCGGGCUCGAUGUCUCGGGGCGGGGCUUUGCCUCCAGGCCCCGCCCCCCGGACCCGCCGGUGGAGUCGAGGGGCGGUGCUUCCUCUGAAGCGGCCGUCGGAGAGACGGACGGACGGUGGAAGAAGCCUCGCGAGCGAGCGGUGGGCGGUGGCGGCGCGAGGUACGGGAGCUGGUGCGUUGCCUUGACGACGGGGGCGCUGCCCUCGCCACGGUUCCUGAGGGGGCGGGGGGCGCCGUGCCAUUGCCUGGCAACGGAGGGGGAGAGCGGCUGGGAGGGGGGCGCGAGAGAUGGGGCUCGGAGGGUCGCGGGAGGAAGCCUGGCGAGAAGCCCCCCCCCCCCGGACCCGCGGGCUGGGUGGGGUGCCAUCCCGGUGCCCCAUAGGGAUGUCAUUUUACUGUAUAAAUGAACUGCCUGUAUAAAUGAACCCUGGCACACGAUGCAUCCAUGGCCACUGAAAAGACUAGCCAAACGGACAGAGGACGAGACAGGAUGGCAAGAGGGAGCUAGCCAGCCAACAUUUUGAGAGGUCCUGUGCUAGGGGAAUGUCAGGAAAUGCCAUUGCAUGCAUAUAAUAUGCCAGAAGAAUCCGUCUGACCACUGCGGGAAUCAGAAUGCUGGACCAAAUAGACAUUUGAUUCAAUCCAGGAAGGCUCAUCUUCCAUACUUGCAGAAAAAAGAUGAAAAAUAUUUCUAAAAUCACCUGUUCCAGGUCUGAUCACCAAUAAACCAAGAAUCAAGCUGAUGCUCAUAUUUCUACGCAGGCACGUUUUUACCAGAAGGUAAUAUUUACAACAGAACCAAACUGCUGCUGGUUAUGACUCAGAUGUAUCAUACCUGCUUUUAGUCACCACACUUUAAAAGGGGGAGAGGAGGAGAAAAACAAAUCCAGAGAGCAUGUUGGAUAGCAACGCAUACAACUAGAUACAACAAAGAGUCCAGAAUUUAUGACAUAAGGAAAAGUUGGUGGAACUGCGCUUGUUUAGCUUAGAGAAAUGAAGAUUAAAGCACCACAUGAUAUCAGUUGGCAAAUAUCUAGACUGCAAUAAAGAUCACAUGGAGCUGUUCACCUGAGUCACAAGGGAAGGGCAAGAAUCAAGUUGAGACACAGCAGAUUUAGGCAGGAUAACAGAAAAAGCUUUUGAAACUUAAGCACAGUUAGGUGAUGUAGGGAAUUUGGAGAGUCAUACCCACCCACCCAAAAUGUUUUUGACAAGAGAUGAGCAGACAGAGGAAUCCCUGCAAAUUCAGUAGACAAUCUGCAAGGCUCUGAAGGCCAGUCUUCAAAUCCCUUCAGGUCAUGUGGUUACCUCAGUCCUAAAUUCACACUCACCAGUUCAUCACAUAAAAAGAGCGUGGGGAGAAGGCUCACCAUGCUUAUAUUGUCACACAUUAUGCUAAAGCAGCCAUAAGUUAUGUUAAAUCAGUACACACAGUUAAGUCUCACGGCAACCCUCAGUGCCAUCAACCUAGGAAGAUACCUGACCAGACUUUCCAAAACUUAAAACAGUUUGACUAAGCUGGCAGUUGGCAAAAGAAUAUCAACAUGUCAAAACAUUUUCUUACCCUAAGGCUACUGCCUUCCACAGAUAACAUGCCACCAAACACUGUCUCCUGAAGCUCUAUUCCCAGGACACUCUUUCUGAGGGAUUUCCAAAGCCGACAGUAAACCUGGCAAGAUCUUUAAAUCCUCUUCCUAAUGUUGCCAACUGUCCAGAAAAAAAGAGUGGGGGCGGGCUUAUUUCUAGCCUUCUCUUGUGAAUAAAUGAAAUGGGGAAGCCACUUUCCUUGCUCAGUCGAGAGAGCCUGAGACUCUUAAGAGAUUCUUAAUCCCACAGUCACGGUGUUGAGCCUCACAUUGUGUGAAAAAUUCUUGCACUGCAGGAGGUUGGAUUUAGAUGAGCCUUGUGGUCCCUUCCAGUUUUACAAUUCUAUGAAAUAAACCUCUAUCUAGAAAUGAAGUGGCCCUAUGGGGGAAAGGGGCAGCCCAGCUGAAACGUUGUUGGUGUUUGCUUUCAUGCCACCCUCUUCUGUGCAUUACGUGAAGAAGUAUAUCUGAACCUAUUACCAAUUAAUCUCUCUUUGCACAGAAUUGUUAAUUUUCUGACAGGGAACUUAAAAUUUAGUUUCUAAAGUUGAAGUUUUUGUACAUGGAAUUAAAUAUUUUCUUCCAGUCUCUGUGGGAGACUGAUUAUUAACUUUGAAUACAGAAGCCAGUGUGGUCAGACUCUAAUAUAAUAAAGAUCAAACAUGGAUUGCCAAAUUGAGGAAUAGGAAAUAAUACAUGGAUUUACCAACCCAGAUGAAUAGGGCAUGUGUGAUUAUUGACAGCAAUAGGCCUGUGUGUUAUAUUUUUAUCCUGCCCCUUCUAUAAAGAGCUCAGUGUGGUGUGUAUAGGGGUUAUCUUAUUUUAUUUUAUCCUUGUAACAGCCCUAUGUCAAGAGUUUGUGACUGGCCCUGUAUCACUCAGAGCUUCAUGACUACAGAGGAGUAUGAUCUUGGGUUUUCCCUGCCUGUGUCCAACUAUCUGGCUGCUACAUUACAUUGACUUCUUGACUAGUGACAGUACAAAGCACAACCUUAUUAACUCUGUGUAGGGCUGUAUGUACACUACACCCCUCCAAAUAAAAUGUGCCAAGAAAAAUUCUGCUUGUAGAAUGAACUGUAGGGAUCAAAUAUAUGAAACAUUGGACUUCUUUGUAGAGUUGUUUUACUCCCUUAAACCCCCAACCCUAAUGUAAGGGUGGUUGGAGGGACCUCAGUGCACCCUGAUUUCACUGAGUGGGUCAAGAAUAACCUUAGUAGAGCUAUAAGAGCUGAGGAGGACUGAGGUGUGCCAGAGGCUGCUGCCAGAAGUGCCUGGACAGCCGUUUAAAUGAAGCCAUGAAGUCUCUUCCUCACACUCUUCUAGUCCUACUUCAUAGAUGCUAUAGGGCAUCAUCCCCUUCAAGACUCUCAAAGAAAAAGCCUGGAUUGUGAGUAGGGGCAUGCUUCUGAAAACUUGGUUUGGGAGUUAACAUACCACAGAUGUGAAAAGAAGGGAAAGGCAGUUCUUGAAGCCCAAGAGCUGGCAAACUGGCUUGCAGGAUGUCAUCCUGGUGAUGACAGAGCUCCCAUCAUCCACAAUCCAGGAGGAGGAAAGGCUUAAUGAUCUGAUGAUCUUUUGUGUAAGGAUAACACAGACAUUUUACUCCUUACUUUGGACAGAGAGGAUGGCAAAUGGUCCAAGGUAGGGCUUUUUACAUCUUAACUAUAGAUGUAGCUGUUUUAGAAGUAGUUCAAGGGGCUGGUUCUGUUCCUCAGAAAGACUUUGAUCUUAGAGUAGUUCAGGAGAUUCUCCCCAAAUCCAGGGGGCAAAACCAAGUUACACCUUUCCUUGUGGCACUCAGCAAUACUCUCAUUGUGGAAUUGGAAACAAGGGGGAGAAAAAUAUAUGAAUGAAUAAGGAGACUUGAAACAGAAAAUGUUACGCAUUACCUGCUUCAAGAUGCCAUUCAUGAAUUCACUUGUUGCUGCUGAACUUUGAGCAUGGUGGUGACAGUUCCCUGUGGGAUCAGGGCAACAAGAAAGCAGAUACCUACUGCCUUAUGCAACCUGUACAAGGCAUUUGGGCAUCACACACAACUUUUAUAGUUGCAGAAUGAAUUGCAUUUCCUGAAUACUGUAAAUUGGUGUAGUGAGUUUUUGCUUCUAAGACUGGAAUUUUAAAAGAAUUUGGCAAGAAGUGGAAUUCCAGAGAAGAAAGGGAAUAUUAGAUUUUAUUGUUGAUGCAAGAAGGAAUAGCAACUAUGCGAGAAAACACUGGGAACCCUUUUGGGAUAGUAAAACCUUGUUUCCUAACCAUUGGAAGACUGCCUUGUGCCCUUGAGUUUUAAGAGUCUUGCGUGUAACUAUUCUGCAUAUAGUGCCCACUGCAGUUUUGACGGGAGCAGCUGGUGUGGUGGGAGGGUGCUACUGAGUUGUCCUCCUGACACUGACUGGUGUAGCUGCAGCUUACCAGGAGGGUGGGGCAGGGCAGAGGUGAGGUCAGUGCUUAUGGGUGCAAUGACAAGAGUGCAAGAUUGGCCCUGCCCGUUCAUUCCUGCAGCCCUUUCCUUGUUCCUACCUGACCCUGUCCUUGUAAGCUGCAGUGGCACUCCACAGCAGUGUUUCCCCACCCCACCAGCUCCUAGUUUUCAAGACUAGAAACAUCUUUUUAAAAAUGUACAGUGGAAGCUAAGGUUUUAGGGAUGGUAUUCUGUGUCCAAGUUAUCAGUACAGUGGUACCUUAGGAUGCGAACGGGAUCUGUUCCGGAGCCCCGUUCGCAUCCUGAACAGAACGUAAGACGCGACGGCAUGUCUGCGCAUGCGUGGGUAACGUUUUGCCGCUUCCGCGCAUGCGCGUGAUGUCAUUUUGAGCAUCUGCACAUGCGCGAGUGGUGGAACCCGGAAGUAACACGCUACGUUACUUCCGGGUUGCCGCGGAGCGAAACCCGAAAGCACUCAACCUGAAGCACAUUCAACCCGAGGUAUGACUGUAUCUUGGGGGCAGAAGUUUCUGGCCCUACUUAGCAGAAUGAGCAGAAGGACCUUGAAACAGCAGGAGUGGCUUUAUCACUUUUUGAAGUAAACAAAGCACAUAAUACACACUACCAUCUAAAAAGGCUGGACAUGAUAUUGGAAGACAGUCAAGUCCAGAGUCUAAAAUUACCCAACUACCCUUCUGUUUGAACUAAAGUACACCCUGAUUGUUAUAUAAGCAGCGAUGAAAAUUCAUCAGGUAAAUUUUGCACUUGCCUAUCGGCCACCUGCAAUCAAGUGAAGAUGCCUGGGCGCACCAGGAGGGUGCCUGACAUCUCCACCGUCUGGAGGUGCAUGCCUGGGAAUCCUUGGGUCUUGACUGUUUUCACACACUAGCAACAUGUCCUGUAGAAUUGUAUCAGUUCUUCUGCACAAUCAGAAUGAAUUUCAGGAACCAACAAGCUGUAUUGAAAAACAUGGCUUUUGAGCCAGACGGCCUCAAAAUGGCAUCUAGGCAUUCUGUUUCGGCAACUGUAACCCUGGCUUAAGGAGCCAUUUGGCACCUAACUUACAUAUCUGAGUUUCUAACACUGUAUAUAAGAUGCUAGGUUUACUGGCUUUAGAAUUAAUAUUCCUUUUUGUUAUUACAAUAAUUAUAAAGAAUUCAAUCCAAAUAUCUGUAUUGAAAUAUUUUUACUUUUUUUUAAAAAAAGAACUCCUCUCACCCCCUUAGUCUGUGCUGUAAUUUUUGCCCUUUGGCAUUUUUUCCAUUUCACACUGAUUCUCCUUUGUUCCCUUUUGCCACUCCUGUCUUUGUAUCCUUCUAGCAUGCCGUUCCCUAUUUCUGGAACAAGUUGCUCCUUUCUAUUCGCCAAGUAACUUACUUGCUCAUCCUGUUUCAAAUCCUUCAUUAAGCUUUCAUUCACUCGUUCAUAAAAUGUGUUCUUUCUCCAAGCUUGAAGACUCAGGACUAAAAAUGGAUUUAAGUAUAUUCAGUGUGAAAGUUCUCACCUUGGCUACCUUAGCCUUCACUAAGUAAAAAAAUGAAAUGAGUAUUUGUAACUUUUGGGAAUGAUACUCAGGCUUGUGCUUCAGUUAACGGACAGCCUUUCUGUUCAUUACUUGCAUCAGAACAUAGUGUGUGGAUGGCAUUGUUAAAUACCCAUUUGUUGAUCUUGGCGUUCACAAGAGAAGAAGGCAGUCUCCCUUGUCUUCAAGGUUUCUCAGUCAAGCCCAGCACCUUGAAUUGUACCUAGGAAACAUUAUAGUCUUUUGGGAGGUGCUACAUACGGGAUCAGAGAAAGUUUCCAGGCAGUGUUCAGUGGCAAUCUAAAAAAAAAAAAAUGGUUUGAUGUACUCAUAAUUGAAUAUAAUGCAUAAUUUUACAUACUUUUAAUAUUUUUCUUGCUAGGUCUUAUUUCCUUACAUGUCAGCAUUUAAAGUUUCUGACCGAUUUUUUUUUAGAUUGAUUUCAUGAUAUAGCCAAUUUUCAUAGUUUUAAAUACCCCAAAACUGAAAACAAGUCUGCACUUUUGAAAAAACAACAACAACCCUGUAAUCACCAAUAUUAUUUUAGAUUUUAAGAUGAACUUUGUUUCAUUAUUUUUUUCUUUUACAGCUAUGGAUUGUAGGAAAGUUGUACCCAGUAGCCAUUCCCCCCCCCACGAUGUCCAAAAAACGUAAAGUUUUGUUACAAGACAUAAGAGAAAUUUUAUUCUUUGUUGAGAAAGAGCAUGACUUUGCAAUAAUUUUCGCCAUCAAAAACUUUUGAUUGCAUCGUGCCCUAAUGCUGAAAAUUUAGGUUUCCUAAACCUAGUUUUUCCAGCAGAAAAGCUACAUUUAUACAUUUUUUUAAGGCAUUUAUAAGAUCUUUUGAGUGCUGGUGUAUUUUUUCCUGAAAUCCUCAUCAUGUUAUUGAUCUCUGUGUAAAAAUUCAAAGAGAUCUGAUCAUUGGUUAUGGAGAAAAACAAUAAAAUGCACACAAGGCCAAGGAUCUCAAGAGGGACAGAAACACAGAUUUCACGAAAUUUUGAAGUGCUAUAAAAUUAAAACCGUUUGAGAUGGGGGGGAAUUAAGGGGGUUUCUUUCAACCAUAAGGGAAGGGUGUACACCAAGUUUCAUCAAAAUCCGAGAAAGUGGGUGGCGUGACCAUGUUGAACCGACAUGGAAUGACCCCCGGCUAAUCCUGGUUUAAGGAGCCAUUUGGCGUCUCGCUUAUAUAUCUUGAGUUUCUAACACUGCUCAACUGCAUACUUAAUAAAAUGUUGAUGCAAAACAAAUGAACUUAGUGGUUAACACUGAAGCCUAUUUCUUUCUCUAGAAUGCGUAUGAUUGGCGUUUGCACUGCCUCACUUGGUUCUCUUGGCCUGAUGCGUUUUUUUGGCUUGGCCUGGUCAUGGAGUAUUGCAGUUGCUCUGGGCAUUUACAUUGGCACUGGUGGCUGGACAUUUCUCCGGAUCAUCUUUAAAACAGCCUUGAGAGAUCUCCUGUAAGUACAAUUUCCUCUUGCAUCGUAAUGUGCUCGUUUGUUGUUUACAUCAAUCAGGGUUGGCCAACUUGUGGCACAGAUCUGGCCCCUCAUGCCGUGAGAAGUGGCUCACCAGCCCUCUGAUCAGGAAAUUAAACAAAAGUGCACAUAGAGGGUUUUUCUUUCUGAUCUUUGCACUGAGCACCAUAGAACUAAGAUUGGAGCCUGAUCUUUAAGAGUAUAAAACACAACAUUUCCAGACACUCUCAUCCCAGCACUGGAGUGGUGAGGGUUGGCAAUGCUGCGUGUGCACAUGAGUGUGGAGAAUGAGAGAAAAGGAUGAGUGUACUUUGUGGUUACAUGCCUGGUGAAAAAACUGUGUGUUGUGAAUGUGCUUGUGUAGCGAGUGCAUGUGUGCUGCCUGUGUUGUGUUGUGCUGGAUGCAGUCACAGGAAGCUCUGCACAGGGCAUUAGAUUAGCUAUCUUGCUGAGCCAAAAACCAUGUUGAGUUCCAUGCUGCCUUGUCUUUUCCUCUCUCCCUUUUGGUAUCAGCAGUGACACACGAUGUUGGAGAGGUGGAAGAGCAAUGCAGCCUCAGCCAUGCUAGCUACUACAGGCUGUAUUUGUAGUGUGCCUGUACGCACACAUAUCCUUUGGCCAUGCCCAAUGCUGCUUGGACAGGUGGCUGACGCUCAGUGUGGCCCUCAGGCUGAAAAGGGUUUGCCACUUAUGCCAUAAAUAAUACAGGUGUUCUCACACCCGAUAGACCUGUAUAUGGCUCAGUGUGCUAAGGACUUCAGUGGAAGUGGAACUUGUGCUAAAUUGGCUUUAUUGCUGCUGAUAAAUCCAAAGAUGAUCAAGGUACAACAUUCUAAAUCUUCUGUUUAUUCAGUCUUGUGUACUGUACUUAUGAGGAAAGUGACCCAAGGUUGGUUUAUCUGGGGACAAAGCUACGGGUCUGGGGACAAAGCUAUGGGGACAGAGUUGAACGGGUCACCCACAUGAAUGGAAAUACUCUUACUGUGAAAUGAAACAGUGUGAAGCAUUUGCUAGAUUGCUUCAGAAGCAAAGUACCAUACCAUUCAUAUACAGUGGUACCUCGGGUUAAGAACUUGGUUUGUUCCGGAGGUCUGUUCUUAACCUGAAACUGCUCUUAACCUGAAGCACCACUUUAGCUAAUGGGGCCUCCUGCUGCUGCUGCGCGAUUUCUGUUCUCAUCCUGAAGCAAAGUUCUUAACCCAAGGUACUAUUUCUGGGUUAGUGGAGUCUGUAACCUGAAGCAUAUGUAACCCGAGGUACCACUGUACAUCUGAAAGAGACAUCUCUCACUUCCUAAGACUCUAAGCUGUUGAUAUGGAAAUACACAGUUAAAAGCAGAUAAAAUAUUAUUGAUAAAAUUCCAUUCCUCAGCUGUUGCAACUGAGUGGUUAGAGGUAGAUUUGGGGCUGAACUAAAUGUUGUGAAAAUCAUUUUUCUGAUUCCAUUUUGAAAGGAAAUGCUCCCACAGGAGGCUGCGACCUUGAAGGGAGAACUAAUUUGUGGUGGGUAGCAGGUGGGAGAGAAGGUUGCUUAAAGUUUUGUUAGCUAUUUGUCUGCUCAAAACCAUAAAUGGUGUUAAUGUGAAGAAUCCUGAAAUUACACAUAAUGAGAAAUGUUGAGAAAUUCUACUCACCCAUGAAGCUUGGGGCCCGGUCAUCGGCGUAGCCAGGAUCUUUGUUGGGGCACAGGACUUUUGAAAGGGGGGCAGAGCCAAUGUGAUUGGUCAGUUAGUUAAGUAUUUAUAUUGCUUUACUUGAUUGGGGGGGGCAGCUCCCCCUUGGCUACAUCCAUGGGCCAGGUACUAAUUCUUGGUCCAAUGUACAUCAUGCUAUUGUUGUGAUAAUAAAAGAAGAUAAAUCUCAUUUGUAUGUUUCAGAAUCCAAAUUAGAUAAAUUAAAAGUUUGAAAGGGGAAAUAAUUUUAAAGCCAAAUUCAAAUUCCUACUUGGAAAUAACUUACACCUAGAAAUUAACAUGAAUUCUGUGUGGAGUUUAUGUGUAUAUAUGGGUUUCUUGAUCUUUGUUUUAUUAUUAUUCAAAAUAUUUUCAAUCUGCUCGCCACUGUACUAUAAUAUAAAUGAAAAACCACCAAUGCAACCAUAUAAAAGAACAAAUACAGUUGUACCUCGGGUUAAGAACUUAAUUCGUUCUGGAGGUCAGUACUUAACCUGAAACUGUUCUUAACCUGAGGUAACAUUUUGGCUACUGGGGCCUCCUGCUGCUGCCGCGCCACUGCUGCACGAUUUCUGUUCUCAUCCUGAAGUAAAGUUCUUAAUCCGAGGUACUAUUUCUGGGUUAGCGGAGUCUGUAACCUGAAGCGUCUGUAACCUGAGGUACCACUGUACAAAAGAAUCACAAGAAUGGCAGAAACAAGAAGAAUCAUCUAAACAACCAUAGAUGAGCUUUUUUGGUUGAAGAUAUAAACUGUUAGAUCCAUACUGCUCUCCUGUGUGCCUUGCUCUGUAAUUGAAAUUGACACCUAUUUUCUUCAAGAUUAUAUAUCCUUGAGAUUCCUGUGUUGUCAAUGGAUUUAGGGCUGCUGCAUUCUCAAAGACUGCUUCACUUCUUACAGUGGUUUUCAGUGUCCUCUGGAUCUCUGCUUCCUCUCAUUGCAUGGCAAAUGAGAAAUAACAGGAGAGAAUAAAGCCCCCUUAAGAAUGUGGAAAGUGCAGCUAAAGCUUCCAAAGACUCUUCUGUUUCUUUUCUGGCAGAGCUGAGGGCAGGGUCACUGUGACAGGCAAGCCUCGUUUGGUGAAAUGCCAACAGCCUAUUACUAAACCAGUCUCUCUUCUCCCCAGUUCCUCAAGGCUCCUGCUUCACUCAGGAGGGAUGUGUAGGAUUUUUUUUUUUUUAAUGUUAUUGAUUUGUAUUGGCGGUCUAAUCCUCUGGGCAGUCUUCCUUAGAUCAACAGCAAAUGACAUUUUUGGUACAGAAUGUGUUUAGUGCAGCCCUGUUAGUCAUGUCUUGAUGCUGUGGCACUUUUCAUUAUCUUCCUGAUGAGUCUAAAAGGAAUUCCGACUUCGAAAUGGAUCAUAAUUGUCCAUUACAGUGGUACCUUGGUUCUCAAACGGCUUAGUUGUUGAACAAAUCGGCUCCCAAAGACCGCAAACCCGGAAGUAAGUGUUCCAGUUUGCGAACGUUUUUCGGAUACUGGAUGUCCGAUGCAGCUUCCUCUUGAGUGCAGGAAGCUCCUGCAGCCAAUUGGAAGCCGCACCUUAGUUUUCAGACUGUUUCGGGAGUCGAACAGACUCCUGGAGUGGAUUAAGUUCGAGAACCAAGGUACCACUGUACAAUGGAAGAUGUUUUAAAUUAUCCCAAAAACCAGAAAGAUCAGUUACCCACACCAAAAAGUUGCUUUCAGUGUUUGGUAUAGACUAAAAGUCAGGAUAGCAGAUAAUUAACACAGCAGUCCUGAGUACAAUUAUGAAGCAGUGAGCUUCAUUGAAUUUGGAAGGGUUACCUUCUGAUUAAGCAUGCAUUGUGCAGCAGUCUUAAAAUACAAUCCUAUUCAUACUUACUUUUAAACUCUGUUGGUUUACUCCUAAGCAAAUAUCCCUAAGGUUGUGCUGCUAGCGGUGGUGUUCAUCUUUUAUCCAAUUUUUGUCAAUAUAAUUCUUAAUGUCUCAUAACCCUGACUGGAUGGGGUGUAUGCAAUAUAAUUUGCUUUGAGUCAUCUUUAAGAGCCCUUCUACAAAUAGUUAAUUUUGCUUGCUCCUUGUUGCUUUCAGACACAAACUGAACCUGAAAAUACAGCAUUUAAAUUGCAAAGUGUUCCUCCUUUCUCCACUCCCUUUUCUUCCCAUUCUGAUUCACCUUGCCCAUUCAUCAAAAUGGGCACAAACUACAGGAAAACCUUCUGUAAUAAAGUAAAUGAAAAUUACCGGUAGUAGUGAUUUUUUUCUGUGAAAUGCUGUAGUUCCAGCAUAUGUUACAAUUUUUAAUCAAAUGUUUUGAAUACAGCACUUGAUUUUUAAAAUGAAGUAUUGGGGCUCAGGUCUGUUUGGGUGCUCUACCAUGUCCACUUCAAGGAGACAUUUUUACUUUAGUUGCACUAGUUGACUGACAUGUUUUAAUACAUUAUGAAGCUGUUUUAUACUCUAACUUGUUGCAGCUCUCUGAUUUCUUGGGCAGAGGUAAUGCUUUUGAUCAAGGGAUUGAACCUGCACCUUCUGAGUGCACAUCGUGUAUUCUGCUGGCUGGGUUGUGUCCUGUCUCCAUGCUUGGUUGGGAAUGAAGGGCAUUCUGUAAAUGAUUUCCUCUGUUGUAUAUUAUUUCAUAUAUACUAUUUACAAAUUGGGACAAAGCCACAGAAGGGAGGGUUUGGUGCCAAGUGGACCUUGUUAAAAGAUGCUGGAAGUGUUGUCAGGCUGUAAUACUAAGACCAACAGCAUCUACAGUCCCCCUUCCACCUAAUGCACCAAUGGAGGCUUGCAAUGACAUGUACAACUUAAUUCUGUGCAUGGCAGCUGCACGUUGCAGGCCAGAAACCAAUGCGUACCUUGUUUCAAGGGGCUACUAUGAGCCUAAUUCUUGUGCCCUAAGAUUAUAAGAGAAUCUAAUGAAAAAUUUGCAAGUGUUAAAAUCUCAGUUUUCAAGCUUUCAGUUGCAGAGAAGUUUUUUUUAAAUAUACAGCCAGCUCCCAGGGACCGAGGACUCUUCAGCCCCCCCUAAAAUAUUUAAGGCAGCCAGGCCCACCCAAAGUUGAUGGGCAUUGCCAUUCAAAUGGUGUGGGUGCGCUGCGUCUUGUGAUCAUAUAUGUGGGGCAGGGCAUACUUGGCCCCCCUCCCCAAUGUUUUAUGCAAGUUGACACUCCUGACAGCUCAAAAUAUUUUUUUUUUCAAAUUCAAAACUGCAUAUUGGCUCCAAAUGCUCUCUGUUCCUUCCCAUUAGCUGGAGAUCAUUACCUUCUGAACUCUUAUGGUGUAUAACCAUUCGAAGGUAUAAAAAACAUUCCCAGCUAUCACAGAACUAGAAGUCUUUUGUUUUAAACCCCUAACCUCCAAAUGCAACACUUCAUUAAAACAAUUCACAGUAAGAUAACCAAACUUGAAACAAUUUAUCUGGAAGAUGUUGUUGUAGAAUUUUUUUUUCUGAGUUUCCCAAAUCUCCCACGUAACACUUGGCAUUAAAUAGGCAGGGUGGGAUACCACAGACCAUUGCUUCUUAGUACUCCAAAAUGUGAGUUAAGCAGGAAGCAGCAAAGAGGCAGCUAUACAUUAUCUCACAGUGAAUGAAACAACAAACAAACAAACUUUAUUUGUAUGUACUUGUGUAAGAAAUACUUAACAUUCAGUAUGUCUUUUUGGUUUGUAGAGUGCCCCUCCUCAACUUUGGCUAGAACCAGAUUUUAAUUUCAAUACAGGGACGUCCAACUCCCAAGAGACUGCGAUCUACUCCCAGAAUAAAAAACUGGCAGUGAUCUACCCAUGGGGGGGGGGGAGAGACCCAAAGUUGGUGAGCUUUUUUUAGGUGGGAAACCAAAAGCUCUUCUGUUUUUUUUUUUGGGGGGGGGGGGGAUGCCAUAAAUCACUAACCAAACAAUAAACCGGCCAGCAACAACUCCGUCUUCUGUUUUUGCAAUUGUGCGUAAAUGAAGGACAGAGAGAGGGGGCAGGGCUGGAUGUUCUUUUUCCCCCGCAGAGGAAAUUGAGCCGGUGAUCGACCGCUAUCAACUGGAGAUCGACCUGUCGAUUGCGGUCAACCAUUUGGGCAUCCCUGCAAUAGACAAAUGCCUUUCUGCAUUGACAACAGACUCUGUUUCAUGCAGAGAAUUUUGAACCAUUGGUGCUUAUAAGCUAAGAUAUCAGGAGCUAUAAUAUCUAAGGGUUCAGCCUUUGAAAAUCUUGAGUGUUGGGAAUUGUUAAUUGAGGGUAGAUUGUGGCACAAGUUCCCAGUACAGUAGUUUAAAUUGUUGCUUCCUUUGAAGCACCAAGUACCAGUAGCUGUCAAGACAUAAAUAUACUUGGUUAGAUGAACUGAGGAUAUUUAUGUCUGUAUGCUGCAGCUGAGGGCAGAACAAGUCCAGAACGUGAUAUUGGACAUAAAAGUCAGCUUCCUCAAAAAUACUGGCUUUUUAAAAACAAAAACAAAAUUCUAGCCCUUAUGACGGAAGAUGUGAUUGAAGAUGUGUGGAUGACACUUGAUGAAAUCUCAAGAAGCCAGAGAGGUGUGUGACUACAUUUUUCACUGGUUGGGAAAGUCUGUGUGCUCUGACUAGCUCUUCGCCUCUCCACAGGCCUAUUAAAGUCUAAAAUGUGCAAAAUAGUGAAAACAAACUUGUAUUAUUUUCUCAAAGUAAGGAGGGUGAAUGCAUACUUAGCUGGGUGUAGAAUUUAGAAUGCUUAGAUGCAGAAAUUUUAUUUAUUUAUUUUUUGUAUGAAGUAAUUUCGGCAUGGAACUGACUGUGGGUCAGGCACAAUAUAAGUAGCUCCUUAAAUGAAGUUAAUAUCUGUGAAGUCUGUAUCUUGAAGAAUGAGUAUCUGGACAAGACAAUACUCUGGUAUAUUGCUGCCUUUCCCUCUGAGCAGGGAGCAUUGUGUUAAGUGCUAUUGUAACUAGAUUUUCCUUGUUGCAGGGGGCUGUCGGUGCUCAUACAGGUUAAAUAUAAAUUGUACUGGCACCGGAAAGCCAAGAGCAAUGUCCCCAAGAUAUUCCAGGAUGUGGUCCGCCGACAUCCAGAAAAAGUGGCCUUUAUCUAUGAAGCUACUGAUGAGAAAUGGACUUUCCGGCAUCUGGAUGAAUAUUCUAAUGCUGUGGCCAACUUCUUCUACCAGCAAGGCUUUCGAGUUGGUGAUGUCAUUGCCAUCUUUAUGGAGAGUCGACCUGAGUUUGUAGGCUUCUGGCUAGGGAUGGCCAAAGUGGGCAUCGAGGCAGCCCUCAUCAACUUCAACUUGCGUCUUGAUUCUCUGACUUACUGUGUGAAAACAUCAGGGGCAAAAGCCAUCAUCUUUGGCGGAGAGCUGUCAACAGGUGGGAUUCCAUUUGGUUUGCUGCUCCUUAAGCACUUCUUGUUGCACUCAGAGGAACUACACUUUUGUUUUGUGAGGAGGGGGAGAAGAUUGAUUUCUCUGGAGGAAAUACUUGAAAGCUGCUCACUUCCUCAGGUGUCCAACUGAAGAUCUGCAAUUGCACUGUGGUAAUUUGGCUCUUAGUAAUAUUUGCCAAGGUUGAAUUGGUUGAUCUGUUACGGAAUGGGUCAUCUCAAGGCAGUGCUAACAUGCCCAUCAUUUCCUUGGUGCCAGAAGUGGGAGCAGGUUUCUCUUGCUCUCUCCUCUGUGUGUACUGUGCAGAAGCCAGUGUGGUCUGGAAGUAGAGGCAGAACGGUAGAUUGGUGUCAAGGGGCUUCUCAGACCCUAAUCCUCCACUUCAUACCCAUCACCCACCUGGCCCCCAAAAUGGACAUUUAGCUUCAGUCUUCUGCUAGGAGGAGCACAACUAUAUUCAUUAAUAUUUUAAUUAUGUUGACAUUUUCUAUGCACCCUUCAGUAAAACACACAGGGCAGUGUACAACCAGAACAGUACAUAUAUAGAAACACUAUUAGAAUAAAAUGGCUUAUAUAAAGGAUACCUCAAAAACUUUCCACACAAGCCUGUUUAGGUUUUAAGAUCCUCACCAGAAGAAUCCCUACUGUUGUCCCUACAUCAUAUGAGGCAAUAUGCCUGUAAAAAGGCAUUUUUGGUUGUGGUUCCUUGUCUUUGGAUUUCAGCCCUCAGGGAAUCUCAGCUAGUCCCAUCUCUGAUAUCUUUCCAAUCUUUUUACAGGUUGUUUAGUUUGACUGAUGCAUUUAUUGGGCUCUUAAAAUGCUCUUCUGUUGUAUUGUAUCAAUCUUUAUUGAUGCUAUAUUGUUUAUGAAUGCUGCUAAUUGUUUUGGGAGGUUUUAUACUUUAAAAGCUGGAGAAAGUAGCAAUUUAAAAAGACCCCUCCCCCAUCAGCAUUGAUAGAAAGAUCUCUAGUUCAAAUGGCAGGAUACAAAUACUUUAGUAUAUCUUCUGUAUAUCUGCAGCAGGUGGGUUUGUGUCCCUGUGGCCUUUAUUGCAGGGAGUAGGUCUGUGUGUGUGUGUGUGUGUGUGUGUGUGUGUGUGUACCAUUCCUAGAUAAUGGUAGCAAGAACAUGCUAGGUGUGGUUCCAGGGCAUUGCUGUUGGGAAGGCUAGCCUGCAUCUUUUCUUGCAUGCAAUUAGCAUAAUUUGAAUAUCAUUAUUGUAAGCAUGGCAUGAAAAUUUACAGUUGGGUUUAUUGUUCUUUUGACAUAAACAGAAUUCCCACAAGCUGUAGUUUGGCAUCUUCUCAAAAUUAGAUUCUGAAAACUAUUUGCCCUUGGGUACCUACUGUUUUGAGCUUCUUGUAAGGCUGACUAUGUUUUGCAGCAAUAUCUGAAGUGAAUGGGACAUUGGGGAAAAAUAUGGUCAAGUUCUGCUCUGGAGACUUCAAACCUGAAUUGGUUCCUCCAGGCACCAAACACCUGGACCCUCUUCUGGCUAAGGCAGCAACAUCUCCUCCAACUCAGGUUCCAGCCAAGGGAUUAGAUGGUAUGUUUCCAUACAACCACACGCCUUUCCCUAAUGAAUCAGAUUAUCCUGCAUAGUCCAGCAGGAGCGUCUGACAGACACUGAUUCACGGGACCUUUCAUCAUGUUACUAGAUGUCUCAGCUAGCACCUGUCCUGGUUUCAGGAAGGCAUGGAAAUUGAAAGCUUAUAACCUCAGGGCUGUUUGCUGGGUCAAAAGAGCAUAACUGCAUCUUGCAACCUGGGCUGUGGGCCACCACAGGUCACUUUUACUGGCACAGAAGCCCUUCUGCUUAUUGUUCUGUUCUGUUUUUUUUAGAACAGCUGUCUCGGAGAUAAGUAGUUUACCAAGGUAGAUGAUAAUGAUGAUGAUGAUAAUUUAUUAUUUAUACCCUCCCCAUCUGGCUGAGUUUCCCCAGCCACUUGGGGCGGCUCCCAGUCGAGUGUUAAAAACAAUACAGCAUUAAAUAUUUAAAACUUCCCUAAACAGGGCUGCCUUCAGGUGUCUUUUAAAGAUAAGGUAGCUGCUUAUUUCCUUCACAUCUGAUGGGAGGGCGUUCCACAGGGCGGGCACCACUACCAAGAAGUCCCUCCUUCUGGUUCCCUGUAACCUCACUUCUUGCAAUGAGGGAACUGCCAGAAGGCUCUCGGCGCUGGACCUCAGUGUCCAGGCUGAACGAUGGGAGUGGAGACGCUCCUUCAGGAAUACAGGACCGAGGCCGUUUAGGGCUUUAAAGGUCAGCACCAACACUUUGAAUUGUGCUUGGAAACGUACUGGGAGCCAAUGAAGAUCUCUCAGGACCGGUGUUAUGUGGUCCAGUCAGCCACUCCCAGUCACCAGUCUAGCUGCCACAUUCUGUAUUAAUUGCAGUUUCCGGGUCACCUUCAAAGGUAGCCCCACGUAAAGCACAUUGCAGUAGUCCAAGAGGGAGAUAACUAGAGCAUGCACCACUCUGGCGAGACAGUCCGCGGGCAGGAAGGGUCUCAGCCUGCGUACCAGGUGGAGCUGGUAGACAGCUGCCCUGGGCACAGUAUUAACCUGCGCCUCCAUGGACAGCUGUGAGUCCAAAAUGACUCCCAGGCUGCGCACCUGGUCCUUCAGGGGCACAGUUACCCCAUUCAGGACCAGGGAGUCCCACACACCCACCCGCCCCCUGUCCCCCCAAAACAGAACUUCUGUCUUGUCAGGAUUCAACCUCAUUCUGUUAGCCGCCAUCCAUCCUCCAACCACCUCCAGGCACUCACACAGGAUAUUCACCGCCUUCACUGGUUCUGAUUUAAAAGAGAGGUAGAGCUGGGUGUCAUCUGCAUACUGAAAAACACCCAGCCCAAACCCCCUGAUGAUCUCUCCCAGCGGCUUCAUAAAGAUAUUAAAAAGCAUGGGGGAGAGGACAGAACCCUGAGGCACCCCUCAAGUGAGAGCCCAGGGGUCUGAACACUCAUCCCCCAACACCACUUUCUGGACACGGCCCAGGAGAAAGGAGCGGAACCACUGUAUAACAGUGCCCCCAGCUCCCAGCCCUUCUAGACGGUCCAGAAGGAUGUUAUGGUUGAUGGUGUCAAAGGCUGCUGAGAGAUCCAGCAGACCUAGGAAGCAGCUCUCACCUUUGUUCCUAACUCACCGGAGAUCAUCCCUUGAUGAGGCCUGAAUCCCGAUUGGAAGGGAUACAAAUGGUCCGCAUCCUCCAGGCAUGCUUGGAGUUGUUCAGCAACCACCCGCUCAAUCACCUUGCCCAAGAAUGGUAAAUUUGAGACUGGGCAAUAGUUGGCCAUACUGGCCGGGUCUAAAGAUGUUUUUUUAAGAAGCGGUUUAAUGACCGCCUCUUUCAGCAGGUCUGGGAAGGCUGCCUUGCAGAGGGAAGCAUUCACCACCCCGUAGAGCCCAUCACCCAGCCCUUCCUGGCUCACUUUUAUUAGCCAGGAUGGGCAAGGAUCAAGGAGACAAAAGCUGAAUGUCUCACUCAUGCUCCACUUCUGUAUUUUCUUCCUAGAUCGGCUGUUCUACAUCUACACCUCUGGCACAACUGGAAUGCCCAAGGCUGCCAUUGUGGUGCAUAGCAGGUGAGGAGCAUCAACGUGACUGUCCUGGGAACUUGGUCUGCCAAUGUUCAGUAUAGUUUUUAAUUUGUGAUUAUUAUUUUUUAAUAUGUACACAAAUAUCCAAGAAGCACUACUGGACAGUAGGUUGCCAGACACUUGUCUUUACAGCUGUCUUCUUGGAAGAAGGCAUAACAUUUCCUUCCUGUCUUUGAAUAAUUGAGAGGAGGCAGCAGGAGCAAUGAAAUGCAGCUUGUGCAGCUUUCUGAUAUUGUUGGGCCCAUUGCACCAGAUGUGUGUUGCAUCUCUUCCCCACUUCCCAUUGUAUACAUAGUCACCCUUAGGAUAGUGACCCUGUGCCUAAUCACAUAUACAAAUGUAGGAAGCUAUGUUAUAUCAAGCCAGACCAUUGGUUUGAUUAUGGACUGCAGUUCCUUCACAGAGAAAAAGUAAGAAACGCUGAGGGCCAGGUGGAAAUGAAUUCCAUAAUAAUAUAAAACGCUGAGAGUGUUAUCUAUGGAAACAGGGCUCCCUGAGAGAAUUUGAUUUCUCCUCUUGUAGUGUGUGGGUGCGUGGGGGGGACUAUUUUGGAUCUUAUGGAUAGAAAUCAUGCAGGAGCCUUCAUCAUGGGGUUAGUACCUUCUGCAGCUUUUUUCUUAGAUGUACCUGUGAACACGAAAUAGGAUCCUGAAAAUAGUCUCCUUUGUUACAUUGCCUGCAUGUUCUUGUGUUGUUGCUUUAGAAAGUCUGCUUAUGUGAGCUGAAAUUGUCCUUUUUACCAAAUACUUACUUUCUUCUUGCUACUGCUAGAUAGUAUUAAGUGACCUAAAUUCAUACAUGCUUUUUGUUUCCUUGCAGAUAUUACCGAAUAGCAGCUUUUGGUUAUUAUGCCUACAGAAUGACCCCCAAUGACAUAAUCUAUAACUGUCUACCACUGUAUCACUCAGCAGGUAGGCCAUAGUUUCUGCUGCUUGUUUUAGUUAUGGAGGCUUGCUCUGGCGUUGCUGGGGGCACUCUGUUGUUUAAAGAUGAUGCUGUCCUCCAGGUUCAUGGCAAACCCGCCAUGCUGACAACCUUUCUCUCUUUCUCUUAGGGAAUAUCAUGGGUGCUGGCCAGUGUGUGAUCCAUGGCCUGACUGUAGUGAUUAGGAAGAAAUUUUCUGCCAGUCGCUUCUGGGAUGACUGUGUGAAAUACAAGUGCACAGUAAGGAGAGCCCCAAACUCUGCUUGUAGGCACCACAGUUUGUAGGAGGUGGGAGCAAAUGCAUUUGUGGGGAGGGUCUGCUUGGAAAGAAAGCUCCAGCUCAAAAAGAUCAAGAAGACCCUUUAACAGGAAUGAAAUCAGAAAUUACCUUGAGGUAAAUGGGGUACUCCAAAUGAUAUGUGUGCACUAGUUCUUUGCAAAUCCCUGUUUCAGCUGGAUUUAUAAGAUCCCAAAGCUGUUUCAGUCACUGAAGGGCAAUUGGUAUUGGCACAUUAAACAUUGUGGAUGUUCCUGUGAUCCAGAGUACUUGGGUUCUCCUGAGCAUAAAUAAUUAGGAAGGGUUCCCGUUCAAAUAUUGUGAUCUGUACCCACCCUAAACCUUUGCAGGUGCCUUUAGCUGCCUAUCCAGCUAAAGCUAGUUUUUCUUGCCAAGAGACGCCCAUGGACAGGCAGGAGUCAUUCAAACCCUGGUGGUUUGUAGGUGCUAAAGUGAAUUAGUUACACACUCAAGUCAUGAUGAGGCUGUGGUGGAAAGUCCAACUAUCAUCCUUCCUGCAUCUCAGUGGAUUAUGUCCUAUGGUUCAGAACUCUCUGUCUCACUCUGCCACUCCUAAUGGCACUUGGGGAUCUGCUACCUGAGGCAGCCACUUCACUUUGCCUCAUGAAUAGCCACCUCUGAAUAGAGAUGGACAGUCUCUUGUCCCUUUAUUGGAGGUGUGGCAAUGAAUUAAGUCGAAUACAUAGCUGCUGGCCCUUGUCUUCCAGAACUGCAUUUGACUCCAGUGCCUGGCUAGCAGCUUCAUGUGCUUCUUGCUUUCAGAAUUUCCUUGCAAAGGAAGAUUCCAGCAGGGAAUCCCUUGACCGUUUGCCCUCCCAUUCCAGAUACAGUGGUACCUCCAGUUGCUGACGGGAUCCAUUCCAGAUGUCCGGCCGGAUCCUGAGGUUUUUGCAACCGGAGAGACUGCUUCCGCGCAUGCACGCUCGGCAAAAACCCGGAAAUAUACUUCUGGGUUUGCCGCUUACGUAUCCCGAAGUUUACGUAACCGGAAGGAUACGUAAGCGGAGGUACGACUGUGUAGCUAUAUUGGGUAACACGGAGAGGCUUACAUAGUGAGAAAGCUAAUCCCAUUUCUAACACUCUUGCUGCUGCCAGUGUCUUGUGUGACACUCAUCAAGGAAAGUGCUGGAUUGAUUUUUCCUCUCCCCUGUUGCAUUGAUCAAGAACUGAUUCUUUAAGCUGACCUCAUCUCCUAGCAUUUCCUUGUAGUACUAGGCUUCACUUAUUCUUUGAAGUGCUGUGCAUAUUUAUUGAUUUAUAAAAAGUAUUUGUAGACUGCCCCACCAUAUAGAAUUCCAAGCUCACCACCAGGCAUAACACUGGACCAGGUGAAAUGUCUGACUUCGUUGUAGUACUGUGUCAGAAUUGUGUCUGAGCAAUAGGUAGCUUUUGUGGCUAUUUCCAAGACAAUCUUGCAUUAUAUGGUUGCAUUACUAUGGAUUUGGUUUGAAUGUGCCCUUGCAUGUGAACAUGUAGCAACACUUAUGCUUCCUCCUCUGAUUCUCUUAGUUUUACUGUAGGCCAAGUGGUUAGAAUAACUUUACUAAAUCUUACUAGUCAAUCGCAUUUUCAUUAGUAGAUUUUAUAUUCAUAUGAAUUAAAAUAUUGCUCUGAAGACAAAAGCAUUCCUUCAUCUUAUGAUACAUGGACGUAUUGCAGCAGGAAGAGUCAUUUGUUCUCAGAAGAAUCAUUUGUUCAUGUGUGAGAGAAGAAGGGGAAUGCCUUGUAUUCUUAGAAAGAGCAGCAGCCCAUGGUUUGUAAAUGCCAUGGCACCUUUCUAAAUAAUAAAAAUAGAAUAAAAUACAGGAUCAAAAUAAGUAAAAACAACAACAGCAAAACAAUACUCCCACAGAUACUAAUCAGCAAAAAGCCUGGUUGAAGAAGAGUGUUUUUCCUGGCACUUAAAAAUAUAUAAUGAAGGGGCCAGGCAAACCUCCCUGGGGAGAGUAUUUCACAAAUGGGGAGCCACUUCAUAGGAGACCUGUUCUUGUGUUGCCACCUCUGGACCUCUCGUGGAGGAGGCGCAUGAAGAGGGCCUCAGAUGAUGAACACAGAGUCUGGGGUUGUUUAUAUGAAAGCUAAUCAAUUAAAGCUUUCAGUCAUUCAACCAUGCAGUAUUUUCUGGACGAAUGGACUCGUAAUACAUCCCCCCCCCCAUACUUAAAGUAGUAAAAAUAUUUUUUAUAUACAGAAAAAACUUAUGCCCAUUUUCUCCUGAAAGUAAUCAGAAAAACAGAUAUCCUUCCUCCGUCUCUUCAAAAGUUCUGGAAAUGUUGCAUUUUGACCUAAUUUUCUAAAGGGUUUAGUAAUCUUUCAAAUCUAGUCUGUCUUGUUCUUCUUAGAUUAUCCAGUAUAUUGGGGAGAUCUGCAGGUAUCUGCUGAACCAACCGGUGCGGGAGGCAGAGAAACACCACCAAGUGCGACUGGCAAUAGGAAAUGGUUUGAGGCCUACCAUAUGGGAAGACUUCACCCAACGCUUCCAAAUUAAACAGAUUGGGGAAUUUUAUGGGGCUACAGAGUGUAACUGUAGCAUUGCUAAUUUGGAUGGAAAGGUAUGUUAAAGGGCUGCCAUGGCAAUAUAUAUUUGGGAGGUGUCUGUAAUUUAUUCUUUAUUUUGAAAUAGUUUUAGGCUGCUUUUUUGGGCUAUUCCUGUCCAGACUGGCUUACAGUCAUAAAACAACAACAAAGAAAUGGUAAUAUAAUAUUGGGGGGGGGGGACCAAUCGCCUCAAAAGAAUAACUAGGUCAAGAUAACAUAAUUCUAUGUAGCCACAGUCUAAUUAAAGUCACUCCUAGAAAGCCAUUUGAAAGAGAGAUUUUCAAGUUUGUGUUAAUUUGGCCUGAACAACAAUUCUUACUCAUGCAGGAUGGGAGUGGGCAACAUGGCCUAAUGUCAAGUGGGGGUCGGGGUGGAGUGCCUGGAGGGAGAGAAGGAAGCUGUGAAUAGAAAAAUGGAGGGUGGGGAACGCAAGAUGGAGGAAGUGGUGGAAGGAGGGGCAGGGAAGGCAAGUGAUUAAUUCAGAUCUCUGGCAAGUGUAAUCCAUCCCUCUCCUUCCAUCCAUCCCUCUCCCUCUCCAUUGGGAGGAAAGGAAGGAGGAGGGGAAGAGAGGGGGAGGGGUGGUGAUUGCUCUGACCUCCCCUGGCCUCAGCCUCAGGCACGGACAGCAUGUGGUCCCUGACAAUGACCCUCAAGGGAAGGUGGCCCUGGACAGAAAAAAGAUCCUGCCCCCUUACGUUGGGGCUGGAUAGUGCCUAGCCCACUUGUGGCAUAGGCUCACAGAGCCUAAUCUUUACAGACCCUUCCAUGUGCAAGCUCCAUUUCUGAAGAGUGUUAAUUGGAAGCAACUCUCUUCCCCACCCAAUACACAAACAGCUGCAACUUUUUAUGUAGCUCCAACCAUCUGCCAGAAGAAACGCAGCCCCAUUUUAGCACAGGGCUACAUGCAAAGUUGUAUCAAGUUGCUGUGAACCAUGCAGCAAGAUGAAUAUGCAGUGGUUUAAGUAACCCAAGAAGUGACUGGAUUAGUGGGGAAAUCCCUUCACACAGCAGGUCAUUGCUAGAUGUGACAGCAGUUUGUAGACUGACGUCAGAAAGGACAAUUCAGAAAGGACAUAUCAGUAAAAUUAGAAUUCUAUUCUAUGAUUCUAAUUUUACUGAUAUGGUCUGCUUACCACUGUCAGGACUGGUCGUUGUCCUCUUCAGAUCACCACACAAACACUUCUUGUUCUUUUAUAACUUUUUAUUGUGUAUUAACAAACAAACUUUUAAACGCUCCUUAUCUUUAACUAUUCUUCCUCAGAGUCACUUAUUUCAGAUACCUUCUGAGCUCUGCUUCUCCAUGACCAGCCACCUUCAAAAUGGCGAAGGUGCCCUUUCCUUUGCUUUCCUGCUCUUUUUCCUACCCUCCUGGCUAGAGCUGGCUUGUAUCUCCCCUCCUCCGAAUCUGAGCUAGAACUGAACCCUUGCCUUUCCUGGGAACAGCCGGUCCCUCCCUGUUGUUCCUCUUGCUCUCUUCUGUUAGAUUCACUGCUCUCCUCCCCCCCUUGGGGAAAACAUUCUCCCUCUGGGAAACUGGAAACUUCUAACUCUUCCCUGACAACCACCAGGUCCAGAUUAACAACUUCGCUCUAUUAAAUCCUCAUUGAUGUACACUAUUACCAGUUUUCAGUUUUCAUUUAUAGAUUGUGGGUGGCGCUGUGGUCUAAACCACUGAGCCUCUUGGGCUUGUUGAUCAGAAUCCCCGCAAUGGGGUGAGUGCCCGUUGCUCGGUCCCAGGUCCUGCCAACCUAGCAGUUCAAAAGCACUCCAAAAAGUGCAAGUAGAUAAAUAGGUACCAUUGUGGCGGGAAGGUAAACGGCGCUUCCAUGUGCUGCUCUGGUUUCGCCAGAAGCGACUUAGUCAUGCUGGCCAAAUGACCUGGAAAAACUGUCUGUGGACAAAUGUCAGCUCCCUCUGCCAGUAAAGCGAGAUGAGCGCCGCAACCCCAGAGUCGUCUGCGACUGGACUUAACUGUCAGGAGUCCUUGACCUUGACCUUUUUAAUGUCACGGUGCAUCCCAAUUUCUUAAGAGGACUGUUCCUCAUUGGGGUUCCUGCCAGCCUAGAACAGGAACCUUAGACUGUUCUAUGGAGGGGGUUGGGUGAAGUAGAAGCUUCAGGACUGGGGGAAGGACAUUUUGUGAGGCACUAAAGAUAUUGCUUGAACCUGAACAUUUUAUUACCAUAUGUAAAGUGUGUAUUAUAGCAGUGGAGGUACUGGAAAGGGGAAAAGGAAAAGAGACAUUUUUCUUCCUGAAACAUUCCUGUAUAAUGCAAGGAGACUAUCAAUUUAAAAGCAAACAAACUGGUGGGACAUAUCUCUCUCUUCCCCACAUCCCUAGCAAUACCACACUCCAGGAUAUUUGCUACAGUAUAGGGGGGUUGAGCAGGUCCUCCUCCCCUGUUUCCUUUUGUUUGUUUCUGUUCUCCUCAGCUGAUCAUUCUUCAGGGAUCUGUAUACACUGGAAGCUCUCUGGCUGUUCCUUGCUGGUUAAUCAUGGCAAACGACUCAGGGUAGCCUCCAUCGUCUUUUAAACUUUGCUUUAUCUUUUGUCAGGUUGGUGCCUGUGGCUUCAACAGCCGGAUUUUGCCAAAUGUGUAUCCUAUUCGCUUGGUAAAAGUAAAUGAGGAUACCAUGGAAUUGAUAAGGAAAGAGAACGGACUAUGCAUCACCUGCCGCCCAGGUAAAUGUCACUGUGAUUGCCAUAUGAUAUUGCUGUGUGUUAGGAGCAUCCCUAGCCAUCUUCUGACCUGAAUGGUGUUACCUCCCAGGGCUGAUUGUGGGGAGGAUUGUGGGCAGACACUUCUAGGGCAGGGUUGUUCUUUGCUUCACCAGGGAGAGCAAGAUGGCCAGAAGCAGAGUAGACAUCAAGUGUCAGGUGAAGGAGUCCAUGGUCUUGUGAAGGGCUUCACUGCUGCUAAUCUAAACAUGUUUGUAAGACACACUGAAUACCUAAAAGGUGGAAGGGUGGGAUAUAAAUUAGUUGAAUAAAUAAAUAUGCAGAGCAAGGGAAGGGAGGGAGGAGCAUAGAACCCUGGAACAGAGCAACAGGCUGAAAAGUUAACUGGUGGCAAUUGGAAGGGGAAGAAGAAGUUGAAGAGAAACGUAAGAGGAUGAAGAGAGAGAAAGAAGAGGGUAGAUAAAAAGAUAGCCAUACAAGAAAGGUAAGCACAGACACAGAGUGGGGUAGCGGAACCUGGGACUCUCCAGAAGUUGCUGGCAUACAGCUUUAAUCAUCCCUGGCCAUGCUAGGUGGGGAUGAUGGGAGUUGGAGUGCAACAACAUCUGGAGGGCCAUAGCUUAGCUACUCCUGAUAUAAAGCAGCAGAGUUGAGAGAUUCAAAUGAAUCUUUUAGGACAAGGAUUGGCAGCCAUCCCAAAAAGUGACAGCCAACUGAUGAUUGUUUCCAUGUACAUAACCAACGGUGGUUUGAGGCUGAAUUAUUUAUGGGUGUACUUCUGUUUGUUGUAAUUGGUUAACUGGUCUUUAUAUUGUGAAAUAUUGAUCUGGUUUGGGUGAUCAGUUUGUGGCUUAAUAAGCCAUGAUAUGCACAAGCUCUGUACACCUGUAUGCAACUCCUUUGCAGCUAAUUUGUUCUUCCCAGGUUGCUGAACAAAUCAAGAAGACAGAGUGAACCGCAGCUACCUGUUACAUCUGAACUGGCAAAAUAUGGUCACUAGCUUCCAGAAAGCCAGAAUCUGGAAGUCAACUAGCUUCAGAUCCUGUUUGGAAGUUCUUAAGUUUGGGUCCAUGGCACUUGUGUAUAUCCUGGCUUUUAAGUGACAAAAAAAUUAAAUCUUUAUUAAUUUCCCACAUAGACAUAUAAACAUAAAUAACAAAUCAUACAAAGCAAAAGUGUGUGAGUGUCUGGAGGCGGUUGGAGGAUGGAUGGCGGCUAAUGGAUUGAGGUUGAAUCCUGACAAGAUAGAAGUACUGUUUUGGGGGGACAGGGGGCGGGCGGGUGUGUGGGACUCCCUGGUCUUGAAUGGGGUAACUGUGCCCCUGAAGGACCAGGUGCGCAGCCUGGGAGUCAUUUUGAACUCACAGCUGUCCAUGGAGGCGCAGGUCAAUUCUGUGUCCAGGACGGCUGUCUACCAGCUCCAUCUGGUAUGCAGGAUGAGACCCUCCCUGCCCGCACACUGUCUCGCCAGAGUGGUGCAUGCUCUAGUUAUAUCCCGCUUGGACUACUGCAAUGUGCUGUAUGUGGGGCUACCUUUGAAGGUGACUCGGAAACUGUAAUUAAUCCAGAAUGCGGCAGCUAGACUGGUGACUGGGAGUGGCCGCCGUGACCAUGGAACAUCGGUCCUGAGAGAUCUUCGUGGGCUCCCAGUACAUUUCUGAGCACAAUUCAAAGUUUUGGUGCUGACCUUUAAAGCCCUAAAUGACCUCGGUCCAGUAUACCUGAAGGAGCGUCUCCACCCCCAUCGUUCAGCCCGGACACUGAGAUCCAGCGCCGAGGGCCUUCUGGCGGUUCCCUCAUUGCGAGAAGUAAGGUUACAGGGAACCAGGCAGAGGGCCUUCUCGGUGGUGGCGCCUGCCCUGUGGAACGCCCUCCCAGCAGAUGUCAAGGCAAUAAACAACUAUUUUACUUUUAAAAGACAACUGUGUCAGGGAAGAGUAAGAGGUAGAAGUUUCCAGUUUCCCAGAGGGAGAAAGUUUUCCCCAAGGGGGGAAGGAGAGCAGUGAAUCUAACAGAAGAGAGCAAGAGGAACAAGAGGGAGGGACAGGAUGUUCCCAGGAAAGGCAAGGGUUCAGUUCUAGCUCAGAUUCGGAGGAGGGGAAAUACAAGCCAGCUCUAGCCAGGAGGGUAGGAAAAAGAGUGGGAAAGCGAAGGGAAGGGCACCUUCGCCAUUUUGAGAGUGGCUGGUCACCGAGAAGCAGAGCUCAGAAGGUGUCUGAAAUAAGUGACUCUGAGGAACAGUAGUUAAAGAUAAGAACCAUUUAUAAGUUUGUUAAUACACAAUAAAAAGUUAUAAAAGAACAUAAAAAGCAUUUGUGUGGUGAUCUGAAGAGGACAACGACCAGUCCUGACACCCUGUUUAGGGAAGUUUUUAAUGUCUGAUGCUGUAUUGUUUUUAAUACUCAGUUGGAAGCCGCCCAGAGUGGCUGGGGAAACCCAACCAGAUGGGUGGGGUAUAAAUAAUUUAUUUUUAUUAUUAUUAUAUUUUUAAAAAGCAAUACAAGUAAAGAAAAAAUAGAAGAAAAGCGGGGAAGAAAAGAAAAAAUACACUAUAUUACAAUUAAAUAACAGGUUAAAAUGUAAAACUUCCAAUAAUUCUUAUUAUUCUGCUUAUACUGUCUGUAUUUUCUUGCACAGAUUUAUGUUAUUUCAUUAUGUACACACACACACACACACACACAAACACACACACACACACACACACACACAUAUAUAUAUAUUCCAGUAUAAUAUCUAAUACACUUUUUGCUUACAAGUAUCAAUCUAGUUCUGCAAUAUCUUAUUGCUUGUACAAUGCAAUUUUAGAUAUUCUUUGAAUAUUUUCCAUUCUCUGUAUACUUUCUGGUUUGACACUCCUCUGAUUCUUCCCAUCAGUUUUGCUAGUUGCAGGUAUGCUAUCAUAAGAGUCUGCUACUCUGUAAUCGUUGGUGGGAUUUCAUUUUUCCAGUUUCUUGCCACUAUUAUUCUGGCUGCCGUGAUUGCAUACAUAGACAAUGGUCUUAUAUUUUUUUAAAAUUCUAUUGGUAGUAUACCUAAUAGGAAGUUUUCUGGUCCUUUUUAAAAUGUAAAUUUGAAUAGUUUUUAAAGUUCACUACAGUGGUACCUCAGGUUAAGAACUUAAUUCGUUCUGGAGGUCCUUUCUUAACCUGAAACUGUUCUUAACCUGAAGCACCACUUUAGCUAAUGGGGCUUCCCGCUGCUGCCGCGCCGCUGCUGCGCAAUUUCUGUUCUCAUCCUGAAGCAAAGUUCUUAACUCAAGGUACUAUUUCUGGCUUAGCGGAGUCUGUAACCUGAAGCGUCUGUAACCUGAAGCGUCUGUAACCCGAGGUACCACUGUAUAGAUGUUAUUCCAAAAUUCAUGGAUAACCACAGUUCCACCACAUAUGAAAAUAUGACCCUGUCCUUUUUGCAUUUCCAGCAUGUUGGCGACCUGUCUUUAUACAUUUUAGGGGUGUGGUGCCAUCUGUAUUGCAUCGUCAUAGCGUUUUCCCUAAGGUUGUAGCAUGCCGUGAAUUUAAUAUCUGGCCUCCAUAAUCUUUCCCAUUGUUCCAUGUAGAUAUUGUAUCCAAGGUCCUGCACCCACCUUACCAUUACUACUUUAAUUUGUUCCUCUUUUACUUCCCAUUCUAAUAAAUAGUCGUAAAUUCGUCGUAAAUUUGUGAUAUGUUUUUUCCUUUAUUGUGGGUUAACGCUUUUUCGAAUUUGAAUGUUUCUUUUACAAGACCUUCUUUCUUAUCUAUAUACAGUCUUUGAUUUAACUGAAAAUAUUGGAGCCAGUCUGACAGGUGGUUUUUGAUUUCAUCAUAUUUCUUCAAAGUUGGCUCAUCUUUAUCCACAUCUAGUAAUAAUCGGGACGUGGGCCACUCUCCUUUCAUAUUCCUCCUUUUAACUGCUAUGGCUUCUGCGGGUGAGGUCUUAAGGGACAAAUUGGCUGUCCCAAUAGGGCCAUUGUUCCUAAUCAUUAGAUCUGAGUCCUUGCUAAUUUGCUUUUGCUCUUUGUCAUAGUCAAACCUGCAGUUAGUAUGACUUCAAGAGCAGAUUGGAGAUUUUGUGGCACCUUAGAUAACUAGGGCCCAUGUACUUAUUGUGUAGUGAUCUGAAAUGCAAAUGCAGGCUUCCUCAAGGGAACUGAAUUGCUACCUCAUGAACAUGUAAACUGGGCCUCUCUGUCUGACUGCAUUGCUACUGUCCCAUGUACUACUGACCCAUCUUAACUAAAUGUGAAUUAAAGACAUAUUUUGCCAGCAGCAUCUGUGUGAGGAACGUGUGCUGUCCUGAACUGAUGUAGAUUAACAGGACAACUCAAUGUAUGGUCCUAUAUUUGAAGCUAACCAUGGAGCUGAACCACAUGUGAUUGUCACUUAUGAAGAACAAUUGUCUUUUUUCCCUUUUCUUGGCCAUCCUCCCUUCCCCAGUUGUUCACUCCCUGGCACCAAAGUUGAUGUAUGCAGCUAGGUGAACCGGUUCUCUCUCUCUCUUGUGCUUCUCUUUAAUGGUAUCAUAAUGUUGCAUGAUGGUAUCACUCUGCAGCAUGCAUGAAUUUUGUCAGGCAAAAAUACUGUGAGAUGAAAGUGCACAAAAUGGUGUAAUGGUUAGAGUGUUAGACUAUGACCUGGGAGACCAGGGUUUAAAUCCCAACUCACUGGGUACCCUUGGGCCAGUCACCAUCUCUUAGCCUAGCACACCUCACAGGGUUGUUGUGAGGAUGAACUAGGGACGAGGAGAACCAUGUACAUCCCCUUGAGCUCCUUGGAGGAAAAGGUGGCAUAUAAAUGUAAUAAAUAAAUAAUAAAAUAGUUGGAAUAUCUGUAGAACAGACCUCCACAGGCUGCAGUCUUUUACACACCUAACCUGGGAGUAGAGACCCACUAACUUCAUACAUGAGUAAGACUGGGCUACAUGUCUCAUUGGAUGUCUGGUUUUAUAGGGCUGUGAACAAAUCAGUCUACUUUUCUUGGGAUGUUGUGGCAGAAACAUGGAAACUUCAGAUGCAAACAAAUUCUAUCCAGCUGCAUUUCUAGUGGUUACUUUGGAAUAAUCUUUGCAGAAGUAUCUUGAUUUCCAUUUUUUCCAUCUGGAAUUAUUAUUUUCAGGAGAACCAGGACUACUUGUGGGUCGAAUAAACCAGGAGGAUCCUUUGCGUAGGUUUGAUGGCUAUGUCAAUGAGAAUGCGACCAACAAGAAGAUUGCUUACAAUGUCUUCCAGAAAGGGGACCAGGCUUACCUUUCAGGUACUCUUCAGGUCAUCAUCUUGUUCUUUGGUGGCUAGAGAUAUUUACAGUUGUGGCCUAGAAGAUUGAUCUUGCUCAGACUAAACACAGCAAACCCUGCCCUCAGUUACUCUACCUCUAAGGACAGGUUCAAAUAUUUGAUAUUUUUUUCCUUGGGAGCAGCCCUGUACUGGCAGUUGAGUGGAGGAAGGAACAUCUGACUGAAUUUCUAUAGUUAAAAAUGCCAUGGGUUCCCAGUAGUGACUCAUGCAAGUCAGUGCCACUGCUCUCAUGUGACUUGGCUUUAGGAAGCAGCACUUCCUAAGCAUGGAUGUGCGAAGUCAGACUGCUCUGUGUAUCACAUUUAUCUAAAAGAUGUGUACCCUGCCUUUCUGUUAACCAGAAUUGAGAAGACGGCUUAACUAUAGUAUAACCUGGAAGUACAAUAUAAGCUUAGACAAGAAAAGAAAAAAAGACGUAAAUAAUCAGGGGUGGGGGGUGGACGCCUAUGUGCUGCCUUCAUUGCCUUUUCUAUGUCUUUGUUUCAAUAGAGCACUGCUCCAUGUGCAGGGGAUUUCAAGUGGUUAUGGUUCUUGUCCUCCUAAGCCUUCUGGUUUGAUUUUGUUACCUAUUGUGAUGGAAUAGUUUUACCACAGGGAAUUAUUCAUUCUUGCCCAGCCUCUGAGCCUUUAUCUGCUUGUUUGGCUCUUGAGUCAUUCCAUUAGCGGCUGGAGAGCAACAAUGUCACUUUAUCAUCAGAUGUCAUCAGAUGUCAAAGCGAUAAACAACUACCUGACAUUCAGAAGACAUCUUAAGGCAGCCCUGUUCAGGGAAGUUUUUAAUGUGUGAUUUUACUGUAUUUUUGGUUUCUGUGGAAGCCGCCCAGAGUGGCUGGGGAAACCCAGCCAGAUGGGCGGGGUACAAAUAAUAAAUUAUUAUUAUUAUUAUUAUAAAUUAUUAUAUUUAUUUUGGUCUUCUGUUACUGGAUCCCCAAUUGUAGAGGCAGAGACAACUACGUUCAUCAAUAAUUAGCCAAUCACAAUUAUUUUUAGCCUGUCUUGCAGGAUACAAAUCCUUCCAAGGCAAUUUACCAGAAAAAUAAUUAUUUAAAACUACAAUUAAGAAAGUCAACAUAGAAAAGCAUCAGGAUCGUUCUCACAGUGGUAGGCCAGGUCUGCAUUGAUGAGAAAUGUGUCCUCCAGAUGUUGGGAUCCCAACUCCCAUCAGCCUGGCCAGCUUGGCCAGUUGUCAAGAAGGAUGGGAGCUGCAGUCCAACGAUAACUGAAAGGCUGCAUAUUUCUCAUCCCUGCUGCAGAGAAAGGGAACAGCCACCUGGAACAGGGGCAGGCAUGUGAUGUUCUUGCCUCCUUCCCUUGCUGUUGUGGGAUCCUUCCUCCAGGGCAGUAGGUAGUAGAUACCCAGUGAUCCCCAAAAGCAGGCAAUUCUGCUGUUUGUUUGGGUAUUGAGUGUGGUUUCUUUAAUUUCAGGAGAUGUACUAGUGAUGGAUGAACUUGGCUACAUGUAUUUCAAAGACCGGAGUGGGGACACGUUCCGUUGGCGUGGGGAGAAUGUCUCUACCACAGAGGUUGAAGGAAUCCUGAGCCACAUCCUCAGCAAGACAGAUGUUGCUGUUUAUGGAGUUGAAGUGCCAGGUAAACAGAACAAUGCAAUUGCAGGGAAUGCAAUUUGGACCAGCGAGUAGGCAUUAUUAUUAUUAUUAUUAUUAUUAUUAUUAUUAUUAUUCUUUUAUUUAUACCCCACCCAUCUGGCUGUUUAGUUUCCCAGAAUAGUUAGAAAUCAGUAUUUGCUUUUGGGAUUGGGGUCCUGCAAGCAAGCUGAUGAGAAAGGAGAGUAAAUCAUACAGAAAUAGGAUUCACCUAGCAGAGAUACAUUCACCACUAGAGAGGAAGUAAAUACAAAUGAGCAAUCAGAGUGUAAUCCUCUAAAAACAUCAUCAGAAUGUCUUUAGUGCAGUGCUUUUCAACCAGUCUGCCGUGGCAUCCUAGGGUGCCUUGAAUGGUGGUCGGGUGCCUUGGGCAACACUGGCCUCUGGCCCUCUUUCCUUCCCUCCCUCCUCUGAUACCCUCUUGCAUCUCUGGCUCCCAAAGGCUUGCACAGCUGUUUGUUGCAGCAGCCCGGUUACAAGCUCUGCAGGCAAAUGAUGCCUCUGGGGCUGGUCAGGGAGUGCUGGUUGCCAGAAGCUGAGGCGGCAUCGGAGUAAGCAAGCAAGUGGGUGAGGGAGCCCAGCCAGCCAGCCAGCCCUUGCUGUUGGGAAUGGAGAGACAGGUCCCAGGCCCCUGUGGGGCAGUGUGAGGAGACUUUUGAAACUGACAACAGAGAUAUCUGUUGAAAAGGACAAUCUACAGUGACCAUUAAAAUAAUGUGAUGACAAAGGUCUUCCUCUAGUUAAAGGAGAGGAAGGCGUAUAGACUGGGCUUAUUUCCUUCUGCCAAAGGACUCUUGGUCACUGUUAGUGGCAUAGCCCAGAUUUCUGGCAUGGAUUGUUGGAGCAGAACAAAACAUCCUUUAUGCGGAGUCACUGAAUAAUAGCUGGUGACUGAAAUGAAAGGAGCAGAGUGAAGAGUUAAUGUGAGCAAGAGGGCAGAAAUUGUCUUUUGAUUCAGAAAGUCUACUGUCCUUUCAAUUAUCUACACUAGUAGCCAAUAUUGUGGAAACGUUUUGGAGAAAGUGUAUUUCCGAGGUUUAUUGGCUCUAACGCUACUUGUUUUUGGAGUAAUAGAAAGAUAAUUUAAUGAAGAAUGGAAUGCCACAACGUGUGUUCAGUUAUCUGUAUUCUAUCAAAGGUUAUGGCCAAAUAACCAGAAAAAGGAGUGUUUAGAGGGCCAAUUAGGUGUUACCUUGGCUCAUAACACCACUUUUUCUUUGAGUAAAACCAUAAAAUUAUAUAUCAAUGGAAAGAUAAUUUAAUGAAGAAUGGAAUGCAAUAACUUUUAUGGAGGAUUAUUUAUUACAACAUAAAUAAGGAGGACAUUUGUCAGUGUGUUAUGUGAUUGCUAUCAAGUUGGUUGGGGUUUUUUUUUUGUUCUUUCAUUUAGUGAGCUUGUAAAACGUAAAAAAAUUAAAGAAAUGGUGCAAAGUUGACUGAUCACCCAGGAAGUGAUGUAAAAUAGUAUCAUUAAGUGAACAAGGUUACAGUUAUGAAGAAAUUAGAAGAAAAAUUGGUAGAAACUUACCCAAAGGGGCAUUUCUAUAUUUUUGAAGAGGUAUAAGGAGGCUCAUUCACUACAAAAUCAAACUGGUAAAGGCAGGAAAAGGUGCACAACAGCAAGUGACGGUGGAAGAAUUGAGAGACUGUGCCUAAAUGACAGAAGAAAAUCAUCUGGGUGUAUACAAGAUGACAUGGCACAAUAUAAUGUGAAGUUGAGUGCCAGGACUGUUCGGCGCAGACUGCAGGAAUAUGGUCUAAAUGCUAGAAUUCCAAGGAAAAAGCCAUUGUUAUCUCUCAAAGAAAGGUUGAAAAGAUUAAACGGGGCUAAAACCCAUGUUAACUGGACAGCGGAACAAGGGACUAUCUCUUUGCUUGAUAGUGAUGGCAUGAAAUACGUGAAGAGGAAAAUCGGAGAAGAUUUACAUCCCACUUGUAUUACUCCUACCGUGAAACACCCAGUUAGUGUUACGACCUGGGGUUGUAUGACAGCAAAACGUGUGGGCAGAAUUUGCAUCAUUAAUGGGAAUGUAAAUGCCCAAAAAUGCAUAGCCCAGACCAAAACCCAAUCAAAAAUCUAUGGAGAAAGUUGUUAGUCAGAAGCAACCCAGCAAUAAAACCCAAAUAAAAGAGGCAAUAAUUCAAUCUUGGUUUCACAUUAUUAUAGCUGCAGAACUAAAAAACUUGGUUCACUCCAUGGGAAGGCUAAAGGUUGCCCAACUAAGUAUUAACUGACAUGGGGAGAAUUUUUGUAUAUUAAUUUUUUUCUAUGUGUUUCAUGUUCUUUUCUUUAUGACUGCUGUUGUAAUAAAUAAUCCUUCAUAAAAGUUAUUGCAUUCCAUUCUUCAUUAGAUUAUCUUUCCAUUAAUAUAUAAUUUUAUGGUACAGUGGUACCUCAGGUUAAGAACUUAAUUUGUUCCGGAGGUUCGUUCUUAACCUGAAACUAUUCUUAACCUGAGGUACCACUUUAGCUAAUUGGGCCUUCUGCUGCUGUGCAAUUUCUGUUCUCAUCCUGAAGCAAAGUUCUUAACCCGAGGUACUAUUUCUGGGUUAGCGGAGUCUGUAACCUGAAGCGUCUGUAAUCUGAAGUGUCUGUAACCCAAGGUACCACUGUAUUACUAAAAUAAAAAAGGUGUUAUGAGCCAUCAUUGCCAAAACAAGAUGACACAUGAUUGGCCCUCUAAACACUCCUUUUUCUGGUUAUUUGUCUAUAACUUUUGAUAGAAUACAGAUAACUGAACAAGCUUCAUUGCAUUACAUUCUUCAUUAAAUUAUCUUUCCAUUGAUAUAUAAUUUUGUGGUAUUACUCCAAAAACAAGUGGUGUUAUGAGCCAUCAAACCUUGGAAAUACACUUUCUCCAAAAGGUUUCCACAAUUUUGGCUACUAGUGUAUUGUUUCCUCCACUGACUCCAAAAUGGCUCGCAGCAAUUAAAAUUCACUAUACAAUGUUGAUGCAGGGCAGAAAGCUGUACAUAAUUAAAAAUGAGAUAUGAGCCCUGCCUUUGGAUCUUCAAACUAAAAAAACUAGAGGUUAAAUGAGGGAAGGGGGGAAGAUGAGAUUGACGCUGCCGGAACAAUUUGGUGAGUUGGAAUUGGCAUUUUCCUCUGGUGUUCCUUUUGUUCAUAGGGAGGGGAGCAACUAGCAACAACUCCCUCUCCAGAGACAGAGGCUAGAGCAGGCAUGGCCAAACUUGGCCCCCCAGCUGUUUUGGGACUACAACUCCCAUCAUCCCUAGCUAACAGGACCAGUGGUCAGGGAUGAUGGGAAUUGUAGUCCCAAAACAGCUGGAGGGCCAAGUCUGGCCAUGCCUGCGCUAGAGUGACAUUCCUGGUGCAGUCACAGGGCAAGUAACAGUUCUUUCCUGUGGGAAGGCAGCAGGCAACCUCUCUGGCUAGGCUGUUUUUUUAUCCUUUGCUGUGAAGUUAUUUGUGGGAGGGAGGAGUGAAACCUGAUUUGAAUUCCAGCUGUGGAUUUUGCUAGGUUGGAUCUAAUUGCUCCUUUGCGGUGUAAGAUUGUGUCCCUUCCUGUGUUUUUGUUUUGAUUUCAGGAGUAGAAGGCAAGGCAGGAAUGGCAGCCAUUGCUGAUCCUGAAGCCAAGUUAAACCCUAACGUGCUGUACCUAGAGAUGCAGAAAGUACUGCCCCCUUAUGCACGACCCAUCUUCCUCCGGCUCUUGCCCCAGGUUGACACUACAGGUAAUGGCACAUUUGCAGCAAGAUCCUCUCUUGGCACCCGGCCCAGGUUGCCUGUUUGCUGUCAGACUCUAUGCUGGAAUAUUUGGUCUCGGUAUAGAAUCAUAGAAUCAUAGAAUCAUAGAGUUGGAAGAGACCACAAGGGCCAUCGAGUCCAACCCCCUGCCAAGCAGGAAACACCAUCAGAGCACUCCUGACAUAUGAUUGUCAAACCUCUGCUUAAAGACCUCCAAAGAAGGAGACUCCACCACACUCCUUGGCAGCAAAUUCCACUGUCGAACAGCUCUUACUGUCAGGAAGCUCUUCCCAAUGUUUAGGUGGAAUCUUCUUUCUUGUAGUUUGGAUCCAUUGCUCCGUGUCCGCUUCUCUGGAGCAGCAGAAAACAACCUUUCUCCCUCCUCUAUGUGACAUCCUUUUAUAUAUUUGAACAUGGCUAUCAUAUCACCCCUUAACCUCCUCUUCUCCAGGCUAAACAUGCCCAGCUCCCUUAGCCGUUCCUCAUAAGGCAUCGUUUCCAGGCCUUUGACCAUUUUGGUUGCCCUCCUGUGGACACGUUCCAGUUUGUCAGUGUCCUUCUUGAACUGUGGUGCCCAGAACUGGACACAGUACUCCAGGUGAGGUCUGACCAGAGCAGAAUACAGUGGCACUAUUACUUCCCUUGAUCUAGAUGCUAUACUCCUAUUGAUGCAGCCCAGAAUUGCAUUGGCUUUUUAGCUGCCGCGUCACACUGUUGGCUCAUGUCAAGUUUGUGGUCAACCAAGACUCCUAGAUCCUUUUCACAUGUACUGCUCUCAAGCCAGGUGUCACCCAUCUUGUAUUUGUGCCUCUCAUUUAUUUUGCCCAAGUGCAAUACUUUACAUUUCUCCCUGUUAAAAUUCAUCUUGUUUGUUUUGGCCCAGUUCUCUAAUCUGUCAAGGUUGUUUUGAAGUGUGAUCCUGUCCUCUGGGGUGUUAGCCACCCCUCCCAGUUUGGUGUCAUCUGCAAAUUUGAUCAGGUCGGGCAUUGUUUUCUUUAUCGGAGAAGACUGAGGCAAAGAAGGCAUUGAGGAGUUCAGCCCUUUCUGUGUCCCCUGUUUGCAUUUCACCAUCUUCUCCUCUGAGUGACCCCACUGUUUCUUUGUUCUUCCUUUUGCUACGAACAUACCCAUAAAAGCCUUUUUUGUUGCUUUUAACCUCUCUAGCAAGCCUGAGUUCAUUCUGUGCUUUAGCUUUUCUGACUUUGUGUCAGAAAAACAAAUGCUGGCUAUUUGUUUGAAUUCCGCUUUGGUGGUUUCCCCCUUUUUCCAUUUUUUGUACACAUCCUUUUUUAAUCUUAACUCAGUUAAAAGUUCUUUAGAUAGCCACCCUGGCUUCUUUAGGCAGCUUCCAUGUUUCCGUCUCAUUGGUAUUGCCUGAAGUUGUGCUUUUAAUAUCUCCCUUUUAACAAACUCCCAGCCAUCAUGAACUCCCUUUCCUUUUAGUAUUACUGUCCAUGGGAUCUCACCCAGCACUUCCCUAAGUUUUAUGAAGUCGGCUUUCUUAAAGUCAAGAAAUUGAGUCCUAGUAUGCUUGGCUGCUCCUUUCCACUGUAUAGUAAACUUCAGAAGAGCAUGAUCACUAAUGAUCCUUCCACUUCUACCCCACUAACCAGGUCAUCAACAUUGGUUAGGACCAGAUCUAAAAUGGCUGUUCCUCUUGUUGCUUCUCCCACUUUAUAUCAACCCAGUCACUUGAUCCUUACUUCCAUUUCUCUGAGUAGGGUGAAGCAAAGUGGGAAUUGCUUCUUCUCUAAAGGUUCUGGAAGCAGAUUGAUUUGUUUUAUAAGAACAUCCUGGCGGUAAAUUAACUCACUAUGGGCAUUCUCUCUCUCCUACCAUUAGCCCUGUGUGGUUUGUACAGCUGCUUGAGAUUGCUGAACUCCUGACCAUCAAGCAUGGUAACUGUUGAUGCUGAUAUCUUCCAAAAAGUUGAGAAUGGUUGUGGAAAUUGACCCACAAGCACAUAAAACUCACUCACAUUCUCUUCAUGAAGCAGCUGAGCUAACCCCAGAGAAUUCUCUCUUCUUUUUUUGGAGAGUAGCAGGAUGUGUUCUAAGCAGGUUUCUUCAAACAGCUCAGAUUAACAAGUAGGCUGUUGGUCAAGUUUGUUGCUAAAGAAUUCAUUGUCUGCACCCACAAAGAAACUGCCUGUUUGCUUCAGCAUCUUGGCAUUCUUGCUUACACUCCCUUAUGUUGGAAUUAAGAGCCUUUUUACAAUUGGCACAGGCUUCAAAAUAUCCUGUUUUUGCUUUGAAGAAGUGAGAAACUCUGCCUCUUUUAGCAAACUGAGCUGCGGCCAGAUUUAAAUGACAGGAACAAAACCAGCAUUUGAUGCAGAUUGCGUAAUGGAGAACUAAAUGUAUCAAGUGGUAACUAUCAUUAUGUGAAAGAGUUUCUGCUUGAUCUUUCACAACUAAAUAGUAACUAUUAACUGGGCAUAGCAGGCUGGAAGAUUUGUGGCUUUCUGUUUGAAAUAUUUAAGACUGACCUCAUUAACUUACAUUUAUUGACACCAGAUUUCACCCAUGGACUUCUGCUCCGCUGCCUUUGCUUCAAUAUACUGGCAACAGACAGUUUAUCCACCUUGCCAGAAGGUGAAAGGGUGACGUUCUCUGUAACUUGGAGGAAGAGCUGGACAUAAAGGGAAUUUGUAACCUAGAAGUGAGACAGAAUUAAUAGCUGUAACUUAGAUGAAUCAUUUCAGAUUGCAGAUAACUAGCAAAAUACCUGCCAUGAUGCAUGGAAGGGCACCCUGAGAGUGUAACAGAAUAAUUCUUCUAAGGCAGCUUACAUAUUUAAAAUAAGAAUGCAUCAGCUGUAAUAGAAAUCCCCAAAGAACAAUGUGAAUAACAAGUACAAUAAAGCAUUGUUGAUAUUGGAUCAAGAGACAAUGGAGUGUUCCUCCAGGGGUAAAGUCAAACUGCCAGAGAAUCAUAGUGCCUGCUGUGGCUGCAAAGACAUUGACUCAUAACAGUUGCCUCCUACGUUAUUUUGGAAACUUUCUGGGGCACAAGUAUGGAGGUCCUGGGCUCCAUCCCCCUCUCAGCCUGGCUGAUGUGGUCCAAAGGAAAGCAGAGCAAUAUAUUUGGCACCAGCUUGACUGUAGGAGUUGCCUGAAGGAGGUGUACAAGAAGCCAUCUUAGGGACUCUGGAUUUGUGUAGGGUUUACUCCUUAGCCCACUCUUCUCCUAAAUAUGUCCCACAAGGCAGCAGAUCUGAUUUCCCCCCUCAGUUUUUCAGACCCAUCAGCUACCCUCACCUGAUUUAGCCGGCCAGUCGAAGCCAGUGUGUUCGCUGUUGCCUGCUGACAGCUUCUAGGAGUUACAGGUGAGAGCUGAGUGCAGGGUGGGGACCCAAGGGGAAUAAACUACCCCAGAAGGAGUACAAUGUGUUCCCCACCAGAGCUUUCACCUCUCCCCUAAACCUCCAUAUAUCCCACAAUAAAACAUAGUUAAUAAAAGCAUUGGUAAAAACAUCCCCACAGCUUAUUUUUUUUGAGCUUCUGAGUGUCAACUAAAAAGGAGUCUAGAAAUGUGGGGCCACCACAGAAAAAAGCCUCUUUCUUUUUUUUGCUCAUCCAUCUUUUUGUAAGUCUGGCUAGAGUCUGCUGCCUUAUCUGAGUUGUAGUGUUUCCAGGCAGAGGUUUAUGGUGAAAUAGGUGCCUAUAGUGCUAUUUUUCAUACCAUCCACAUGAUGUUGCCAUUAUCAAAAUGCCAGCCCAUACUGUUUUAACAUUUAAUCCAGAUAAUAAUAAUAAUAAUAAUAAUUUAUUAUUUGUACCCCGCCCAUCUGGCUGGGUUUCCCCAGCCACUCUGGGCGGCUUCCACAGAAACCAAAAAUACACAUUAAAAACUUCCCUUAAGAUGUCUUCUGAAUGUCAGGUUUAUCACUUUAUCACUUUGACAUCUAAUGGGAGGGCGUUCCACAGGGCAGGCGCCACUACUGAAAAGGCCCUCUGCCUGGUUUCCUGUAGCUUUGCUUCUCGCAAUGAGGGAACCGCCAGAAGGCCCUCGGCGCUGGACCUCAGCGUCCGGGCAGAACGAUGGAGGUGGAAACGCUCCAUCAGGUAUACUGGGCCGAGGCCGUUUAGGGCUUUAAAGGUCAACACCAACACUUUGAAUUGUGCUUGGAAACGUACUGGGAGCCAAUGUAGGUCUUUCAAGACCGGUGUUAUGUCAUCUCGGCGGCCGCCCCCAGGCACCAGUCUAGCUGCCGCAUUCUGGAUUAGUUGUAGUUUCCGGGUCACCUUCAAAGGUAGCUCCACGUACAGCGCAUUGCAGUAGUCCAAGCGGGAGAUAAUUAGAGCAUGCACCACUCUGGCGAGACAGUCCGCGGGCAGGUAGGGUCUCAGCCUGCGUACCAGGUGGAGUUGGUAGACAGCUGCCCUGGAUACAGAAUUGACCUGCGCCUCCAUGGACAGCUGUGAGUCCAAAAUGACUCCCAGGCUGCUCACCUGAUCCUUCAGGGGCACAGUUACCCCAUUCAGGACCAGGGAGUCCUCCACACCAGCCCGCCCCCUGCCCCCCCCAAAACAGUACUUCUGUCUUGUCAGGAUUCAACCUCAAUCCAUUAGCCGCCAUCCAUCCUCCAACCGCCUCCAGGCACUCACACAGGACCUUCACUGACUUCACUGGUUCUGAUUUGAAAGAGAGGUAGAGCUGGGUAUCAUCUGCAUAUUGAUGGACACCCAGUCCAAACCCCCUGAUGAUCUCUCCCAGCGGCUUCAUAUAGAUGUUAAAAAGCAUGGGGGAGAGGACGGAACCUUGAGGCACCCCACAAGUGAGGGCCCAGGGGUCUGAACACUCAUCCCCCCCCACCACUUUCUGAACACGGCCCAGGAAAAAGGAGCGAAACCACUGUAUAACCGUGCCCCCAGCUCCCAGCCCCUCUAGACGGUCCAGAAGGAUGUUAUGGUCGAUUGUAUCAAAGGCCGCUGAGAGAUCCAGCAGAACUAGGAAACAGCUCUCACCUUUGUCGCUAGCUCGCCGGAGAUCAUCAACCUGCGCGACCAAGGCAGUUUCAGUCCCAUGAUGAGGCCUGAAUCCCAGUUGGAAGGGAUCCAAAUGGUCCACAUCCUCCAGGCGUGCCUGGAGUUGUUCAGCAACCACUUGCUCAGUCACCUUGCCCAAGAAUGGAAGAUUUGAGACUGGGCGAUAGUUGGCCAUACUGGCCGGGUCUAAAGAUGUUUUUUUAAGAAGCGGUUUAUUGACCGCCUCUUUCAGCGGAUCUGGGAAUGUUCCCUCACAGAGGGAAGCAUUCACCACCCCGCAGAGCCCAUCACCCAGCCCUUCCCAGCUUGCUUUUAUUAGCCAGGAUGGGCAAGGAUCAAGGAGACAGGUGGUUGGUUUCACGCGUCCAAGCAGCCUGUCCACAUCCUCGGGGAUAACGGAUUGAAAUUGAUUCCACGCAAAUUGACCAGACAGGGCUCUAGCACUCUCCUGCCCCAGCCCUGCUCCCGCGGUGGUGUCUAGCUCCUUCCGAAUAUGAGUGAUUUUUAUCUGCAAAAAACACUGCAGGAGUCCUUACCAGGCCCCUUGGCAAAGGUGGUUCCGUUAAAUUGCGGACCACCUGAGUCUCCUGCUACUAUUUUCUGCAGAUGCAAUAGAGGCGGUGAAGAAAGUCUUCUUCACCGUCGCUAUCGCCACUUGGUAGGCUCGACGUUGAGCUCUAACCUGUGUCUGGUCAGAUUCGGAAUGAGUUUUCUGCCACCGGCGCUCUAGCCGUCUCAGCGAUUGUUUCAUCACCCUCAGCUCCGAAGAAAACCACGGGGCUGUCCGGGCUCCAUGCAAUCGGAGAAGGCGCUUCGGAGCCAGACAGUCUAUAGCCCUGGUUAACUCCGCAUUCCAGCGGGCCACCAGGGAAUUAGCUGUAAGGCCAUCAACAUGGGAUAAAGCAUCCCCUACCACUCUCUGGAAACCAUUUGGAUCCAUUAAGUGGCGGGGGCAGACCAUCCGAAUUGGUCCCACCUCCCUGCAGAGGGGAAGGGUUGCGGAGAAGUCCAGUUGCACCAGGAAAUGAUCUGACCAUGGUACUUCUUUUGUUUCACUUUUACGUAGUGCCAGAUCACCCACGUCACUAGAGGUGAACACCAGGUCUAAGGCAUGUCCAUGACUAUGAGUUGGGCCAAACUUAUUCAGGGACAGCCCCAUGAAGACCAUGCUUUCCACGAAGUCCCAAGCGGCCCCUUGUAAGGUCGUGGUCGGCAUGGAUGUUAAAAUCCCCUAGGGCAACCAAACUAGGUGUUUCCAGGAGAACAUCCGCCACAACCUGAAGCAGCUUGGACAAGGAAUCCUUGGUGCAGCGGGGAGGUCGGCACACCAAAAGGAAUCCUGUACUGCCCCUAUUGCCCAACUUCCAGAACAUGCACUCAGAGAACUGGGUCUUCCCAGUAGGACGCCUGAUGCAAGCUAAUGAGUUCCUAAAAAUCACUGCAACCCCCCCUCCCCGCCCACAUGACCUGGGUUGCUGUGCGUAAGAGAAACCUGGUGGGCAAGCAGCGGCAAGGAGAGGCCCAUCUGCUUCAUCCAACCAGGUCUCUGUCACACAUGCCAGGUCAAAUCCUCCAUCCACAAUCAGGUCGUGGAUGGCAGUGGUUUUAUUCAUCAUUGACCUGGCAUUACACAGCAACACCUUCAGGUUGUGUGGGUUUCACCUGUUGAUUCCAGUAUCCAUCUGGACAAGGCCAGACCCGGAGGCAGGGAUAGUCUUCAAACAACGACUAAACCUGCCUCCUUGGUAAUGACAUGGUCUGGUCUUAGCAUAACUCCUCCUCCUGCCCAUGAUCACCGAGAUCGGAUGUCCCAGUGCCUCCCCCCCUGUGGAACUUGUCCCAGCCAUUGUGUUGGCUGGGGCCCCACUCCCAGGCAGCCCUGAUCCUGCCCCUUAAAAACAAAACACAAACUAUACACAGCCAAUAAAACAACAAUAAACAAAAACAGAACAAUUAUACUAAAAUUAAUCCCCAACCAAAUAUCCAUCCCACCCACCCACCCCCAAGAAAGCAAAAAAGGGAAAAAAAGAAAUAAAAAUGUAAAAUGCCACCGAGUGUUUGAGGACAUUUUAAAACACAUAAACCACUUGGAAUAGGGAAGCAAUAGCAGAACAACUUCCCGCACUUCCCCAAAAGUUUGUUCCAAAUAAGGGCCUGGGCCACGCGCCCUGGGCCAGUUGGAGCAGGCCCUGCAGUCCUCACCACAGCCAGAUGUUCUCUUACUACAGAAAGCCCAUUAAGUAAAAUAAUCUGUCAGCCUGUACCCACUGGUAUGGAAGCUGGUGAGCUCUCUCUCUCUCUCUCUCUCUGUGUGUGUGUGUGUGUGUGUGUGUGUGUGUCUAUGUCUAUGUGCUUUGGUCAUGGUCUCUAUUGCCACACUCCUCUUUCUUUUUGUUCCUCUUCUGAGCAAAACCUAGCCCCAGAGCUUUUCAAAAUUUGUGUCGUGACACAUUAGUGUGUCAGCUGUAGUGUGUAGGUGUGUCGCACAAACGUUCCCUGUGUUCCUCCUGGGGCUAGAAAGGUGUUAGUUUAACCUCCGGUUUGCUAGUAAAACUGAAUUACUGUGUCACAAAAUGAUGCCUGUCUAAAAGGUGUGCCACCAACAUGAAAAGUUUGGAAAGCUCUGACAUAGUCAUUUGCUUUGGCAGCUCAACCAAUAUGCCUCUGCCCGUUUCUACCAAUAGCCACAUGCUGGCAGCAAAUGCUGAAAUUCCAAUAUGGUUCAAAGGAACUUUUCUCUCAACAUCUCAACACAUGUAGGGGAUUAACUUGGAGACUGUAAUUACAAUACAUAGAUUAGCAUUUUUAUUUCUAUCUUUUUUCAGACUCUAGGUAUUGCUAAAUAUCAACCUUGUGCAAGAUAUCCGUAUUAAAACAAAACCCAAAUGCAAAUGAAUGAUGUACUCAGCCACACACACACAACCCCAAGCAUAACCUUCCAUUUUGAAGCAGGGGACACUGGUGGCGCUGUGGUCUGAAUCACUGAGCCUCUUGGGCUUGCCAGUUGGAAAGUCAGUGGUUUGAAUCCGCAUGAUGGGGUGAGCUCCCGUUGCUCUGUCCCAGAGCUUGCCAACCUAGCAGUUUGAAAGCAUGCCAGUGCAAGUAGAUGAAUAGGUACCAUUGCAGCAGGAAGGUAAAUGGCGUUUCGGUGUUCUGUUGCGCCAGUGGCAGUUUAGUCAUGCCGACCACAUGACCUGGAAAGCUGUCUGUGGACAAACGCCGGCUCCCUCAGCCAGAAAGCGAGAUGAGCGCCGCAACCCCAGAGUCGCCUUAACCAUCCAAGGGUCCUUUACCUUUUUACCUUUUGAAGCAUAACUAAAAGCUGGUAAUGUUUACUCUUGCACACUUCCUGUAGAGUUCCUUAAGUAUGCGUGCACAUAUAUGGACAAACAUGAGUGCAUGCCCAGACCAGAGAAGGUAGUGGUUGGCAGGGGAGGAGUGGAUGAGAGUUGGGGCCAGAAAACAUAGCACAGAAACAUUUCAUCAAGGGCCACCUACUGAUGGGGAUGGGAAGCAGCAGAAUACCGAUGAAAAAUAUAAGCCUAAAAAAUGGAGCAUGUGCACAGUUGCAUGCCAGUUGUGCACAGAGAAAAUACUUCUUCUAAUCCACCUGUUUGUGGCAUCAAGCUCCUAUCUAGAAGCAUCCAAAAUGGCAAGAUGACCGAUUCACCGUAUUCUGUAUUGUAACAAUCAUUACUUUUUAGUUAUUUCUGUCUCUACCUUUUCACCCUUCUUAUUAGUUAUUGUUAGCAUCUUGAGGUUGUUGCUUUGUUGGUGUAUUGAUUGCUAUAUUUUUAACUGUGUCUUUGAAUUUAUUUUGUAAAUCGCCCAGAAGCUAUUUUUGUAUUUCGUGACUAAUGCAUAUAACAAUACCAACAACUUGCCUCACAGAAAUAACCAGUCUUCCUCCUGAAUCUAGCUGAAGUUUGAGCUGUGUUCACAUCUGACCAUGACAUGCUUGCUUUGAAGAAGAGAGCAGGGCAAUUCCUUCAGCCAAUCAUCUCCCUUCAAUCUGCAGUAUAGCUGUUUCUUGCCACUGCCCUUGUCCUUCUCCCACCAUUAUUCUGACUUCUUUUCUUCCAACAGGCACUUUCAAAAUUCAGAAAACACGUUUGCAAAGGGAAAGCUACAACCCACACCAGACAUCUGAUCGAUUAUAUUUCUUGGAUGUAAAACUUGGCAAGUACCUACCUGUGGAUGAGUGUGUAUUUGAGAGGAUCCAGGCUGGAAAAGUGUCUCUGUGAUUUCAUCAGCAAAAGCCACUAGUGAAGAGUUUGCCACUGGAGGGCUUUGCUUGGCUAGAGAAACAAACUUGGCUAAAUAAGUGAAGCAAGGUUUCCAUUCAGAACAUCUGCAGUAGGGACAAAAACUAGCAAGGCACAGGGAGUAGAGUGGCCAUCAUCUUUUUAAAAAGCACAUUAACUGUUUCCUGAUCAAAGGUGGUGGCCCCUUUUUACUGUUCAGUCUUUAGAAUGGUUUUUCUUCCCCUUCCUCUAUGUAACCAUUGCAUUUUAAGACACUGUGUGAAGCAAGACAGAUUUAUGAUCCUCAUUAUUACAUUGUUAAAGCCCUCAAUACGUUGGUGUGACUGAGCCUGCAAUAGCACUGGUGGACUUGCCUUCUGUCACGUGUCUCAGCUGGAUUUUCCUUACUUAAGGCAAUAGCACAAUUUCUGUGGAGAGUCUUCAGUUGUUUUGGGAUUUCCAGCUUCCUAAUCUACACAUUUAUAGUCCCUCCAGUUGUCAUCACUCUGAAAUGUACCCAUGUUUAGGUAGAACUUUAAUGGACUGACUUUCAAAAUGCAAUAUCAUUUUAUCUGCAGAGACUUUGAUCUUAAAAAUAAAAUGACUAAUUUGAUGAAGUAACAACAAAGUUGGUAUUAAAAAUGUUAUAUUAAAGCAAAAAAAAAAUUGGGCUGAAAAAUGCACAGGAAACACCCUUCUAAUCCAUUGUGGUGCUUGAAAGCUUCCACACAAUGACAGAAGAUUAAUAAAAUACUUUGUAUCCUUGUAGGGGAAGCCAUUGUGCUUUGGUUUACAUGUCCACUUUUGAACAUUGCAACAUUUCAGAUUACUUGACGUUGAUCCAGAAUCUUGGAAAACAGGGUGAUAAUCCUGAGAACAAAGUCUGGUAACAUUUGUUUUGGUUUCUCUGAUCCACACUGCUCUCUGUAGGAAGUGUGGCAGCUGCUCAAAGCAAGUUGCAACAUAAUCCUAACAUUCACCUUCUAUCAGUACACAACUAUGGGUAUUACUAACUCUACCGCUUUUUCUAGUGCAAUUUCUGUAGAUGGCACAAAGCAUUUUAUUUAAAACAAGGAAGACAGAAGGGAUACUGAGACUUGUGAGUGACCAUACCUUCAAAGUUGCUGUGAUUCUUUCUUGUGAUUAUGUUGCUGUGGAAGACCUGUACCACUAAUGCAGCUAUUCCAAGGAUAUCCUGGUUAACUUCUAUGGAACUGAUUAUUUUACUGGGAUGUUCCCGUACUCUUCUUUCUGUGCCCUUUUCCCUUUAAUAACCCUUCUUCUCUUUCAUAAAAAUGUAACUUUGCACAAAACCAUUUUAGAAAGACUUCUGUGCAGUGUUAGGUUGUAUAAUAGAGCACCAUACAGUACUAGUAGGGCCAUUGUUAAGUAAUGGUUCUGAAACAAGUGGAAUGUGUGCUUUCCCUUUUUUAUUAGACCCAGAAUGUGCCUUUCAUCAGAGCCAGACAGAGCAGGUUAACAUUUGUAAUAAAUUUAGCUUUGUUAUUAAUCCUCAGAAAAAGGCACCUACAGCUAACUGAGCCCUGUUGUUUGGAGAAAAGCACAUAGGUUUUUUUAAGGCUAUAUAGUUCAUGGUUUGAACAGAAAUCAUGCACUAACAGUUACAUUUUCAGAUGGAGUCACUAUUGUCAAAGUAUAACUUUGUUUUGAAAAUAAAAAAUGAAGAAAGCUU